GUUUCCGUUUGGACGUUUCAGGACUCCGGGAGGAGGAGGAGGAAGAGGAGGAGGAGGAGGAGGAGGAGGGAGGAGGUGGCGGCGGCUGCUCCUCCUAGGAGCGCGAUCGCCGCCGUUAAACGAGGACAAAAAAAGAAAUAAAGCCAGGGAAGAAGGGACAGAGGAAACUCGGAGAGGGAAGGCAAGGAGGCAGCCGCGAGGAGGGCGAGGUUGGUGCCAAGAAAAAGCCCUGCAAAAAUCAAAAUACAAGCCGCCGCCGCUGGAGGAUCACCCAUUGGGGGAAAGAAGAAGACGCCUGGAUCUUGCCCAGGGAAGGAGCUCGUGGGAAAGGGCCGGAGGAGGGAGGUCAAGGAAAGGAGAAGGGCGUUUUGGGGAGGGGAGGUUUGGCGCCCGUCUCCCGAUCCUGCCCAUUUCUUCGAAGGCUCGUCUGGGGCCUAACUUUCUCCUCUGCCCACCUUGCCCGCGCGGAGAAAAUAUUGUUUCGGUUGCAAGAAGCAGCAGCAGCAAAAAAGAGAGGAGCCUUUUGCAAAGAAGCGAGCGCCGUUUCCCCUUUUCUCCGCUCGAGGAUUUUACAAAUUGCAUUCUUAUUAUUAUUAUUUUGCGCGCCUGGGACGCGGGGAGCAGUUUGCAGAGAGACCCAUGGCCUGAUCUGCAGCCAGCGAGGAUUUGCAGCGCUUUUCUUGGAGGGCUUUGGUGGGGGGCGUCCUGUUUUGCUUUGGGGUGGGGGGCAAGGAGGCCAGAAAAGGGUCAAAAGCAGCAGCAGCAGCACAUCUUUCCGCCGCCGGAGAACUUAAAUUUGGAUAUCUUAUCUUGGCUUCCCCGAAGAGGAUGUGAAGGAGGCGCCGGGAGCCAGACCCACCGAGCGGCCUCCUUUUUGGGGGGCAGGUCAGGAAGAGGCUUGGGGGUUUCCUGCACGCCUGUUUGGGGGGGGUUUGCAACCUUGGGCGUUGGUGGCGGGGGUCGUGGUCGUUUCCCCCGCCGCCCAGCCCCAUAGCAAUCCCUUAUGUGGGGCGGAGGCUGCGCCUGCCCUGAUCCUCCACGCCGGGGCUGCUGCAUCGGAUGAAGAAGAGGCCGAAGAUGGGGGAUUUCUACGACCCGGAACAUCCCACCCUGGAGUAAGUACCACGCUGCCUGGCUCUCAGACACGGGUGCGGGCGCUCGUGUGGAAGGGACCCCCAACUCGGGUUGCCCCACUUCCAGGAUCGCGCGGAGGUGGGGCAAUUUCUGGGGAGGGGUAUCCUCCAUUUACACCUCCCUCCCCAUCUUUAGAGCCUUAUGGAGAGGCUAUAAAGGGGGAAUGGACAUAUCCCACCCCACCCAAUAAUAAACCUUUGCAUUGCAAGGAUUAGGCUCUACAUUUCUAGGAUUUUGUAAUGUUAAGGGGAUGUCUCACCCCAUGGAAAAGUUCAGCAAGGCCUUGGCCCCCAAAUAUGGGGUGCCCCACAAGACCCCCCACUCCUGGGGUGCAGUGGGUGGCAUUUAUUUUCUCCUGGGGGGUACAGACAUGGUGGACUCUCCUUCCCCUCCAUACAAAGGGGUCUGUCAGGCGAAAGGGCGGCCAAAAAGCCACCCCGUUGUGGGGAGGAAAGGGGCGCGUGGGUCCAAGUGACCCCUUUCUCCUCCCCACAAAAAAAGAAUAGCCCCCUUCCUGCAAGAUAACAGGGGUGGGGGGGGGAAAGAGCAGCUUCUCGCCACGGGCCUAAACGGAGAGGCUUCAGGCGGGGCCAGGCCUCGCAUCCCCGGCCUCUCGUGAGAGCCCUGGCCGGCCCGAGGGGAGCCCUCGGCGGCGAGCGGCGGAGGGAGGAGUGGGCGGGCUUGGGAGCUGGAAGGCCGCUUCUUGAACCGGGCGGUGGGUGGGUGGGUGUGGGACGACGGCACGCCGCCUCGUAAAAUGGUGAGAGGCUGGCCUUGAACCCUCGCCUCACCUCGGAGGGAAAAAGGAAGGCGCCUGUGAGGCGAAUGCCCUCCUCGGCGAGGGUCAUGGCGGGCCGCUGUUUCGCUGUCAGCCAUUUGUGGCCACAAGGCACCUGAAAAGGGACACUUUCCCCUUUCCUCAGAGCGGGAUUUUUAUAAUUUUUUGGGGGGGGGGGAAUAAAAAAAUAUAGGGCCAGCAUUUUCGCUCUCUGAAUCCCAUGUGUGGAGGGGCUGGAAGAGGAAAAUGGGGGGUGAGAGAAGAUGUGUGUUUCCUUUCUUUCAGGAGAAAAGGAUUGAGGAUGAAUAUUUUCAGGAAUAGGGGGCAAGGGGGCACCGCAAAUGUGCCAUUUUCCUCCCCCUUCCUUGGGCACCUUGCCCGGCUUGAGAGGUUAUGGGUGCCAUGCCAAUUAUUUUGGGUGGGUGGGCUGCAACGGGGAGGAAAAACCGCCCUUGCAAUGCAAAACGUGGGGAAUAAUAAUAAUAAAUAAGGAAUUUUAUUUGUAUCCCGCCCUCCCCAGCCAAAGCCGGGCUCAGGGCGGCUAACAACAAUCAAAUAAUACAACAUUCUCAAAGCCUUUCAUUGUAAAAUUAAUUCAGGGACACGCAGGACCCCUAACAACAGGUGUUUGCUUUUCUGCACCCAAAAUGGGGCCGCCGAGAAGCAGGCAUUAAAAAAAAAUAUGCCUCGCCAUAAAGGUAAAACCAGACACCAGUUGAGCAAAUCAUCCAGACUUAAUUCAGCCUAAAACUUCCUCCUUUGCAGGAAAUUCAUUGCCUGGAAGGGACAACGUUGCUCUGAAAAGAGCCACUUUCCUUGUGGGGCUUUGGAGCGCCCAUGUGGGUCUCUUCAGGAAUCAUAAUAAUUAAGAAUUUAUACCCUGUCCAUCUGGCUUCGUUUCCCCAGCCACUCUGGGCAGCUUCCAGCAAAAUAUUAAAAUAUAAUAAUUGUUAAGGGUGCACAUGCCUUCUUGAAAGGUUUGGGGCGGGGUAGGCUGCAUUUCCCCCGUUUUAAUUCAUUUAAUUUAACUGUUCCCUAAUUCAAAGGGGCCGAGGCAGGUUCCCCCGUUUUAAUUCUUCACUUUGCAUUGUGUUGGGGGAUACAGACAGAUAAAACCGAAGAGUUCAAAUUGGCUGGUUGCUUGGGGCGAGUAAGAAUCCCCUUUAGGCGACUGGGCUCAGGAGCCACCAUUUGCUUCUUUUGUUAUUAUUAAUUAUUUCAUAAAAUGUAUAUGCCUCUUGAUGGUUUCAAAGCAGCCUCAGAGAGGCAUGUUUGUGAGACAGGCUUGCCCCCCAAAAGUUUCUGAAAUAAUAAUGUUUACGAGCACGUCUGGAAGGGCGGUUUCCUUGACCGCUCUUUGGACUUCAUUGUGGGACAUCUGAAGAUGAGAAGAAAAGGGCCAUUAAAUGUACUAUAAAGGCUGAAAUCCUAAACUUCCCAGGGUGUGAAUCCCAUUGAACACAAACUGGGGCUCUUUCUGAUUAAACAUACUUGGGGUGUGCGGUGAUAACCGUUCUUUAUUUUUGCACCUCUUAUCCCAAAAUGGGUCCACAAAGAGGCAGACAAAAAAUAAAACUUCAUAUACAAGGAAUAAACAUUAGAUGGCAAAAUUGGACACCAGUCGCAUAAAUCACCAAGUCUUAGUUUAACUUUAACUUAAACGCCCCCUGAAAUGAAGCUAUUGGCCACCUAAACGUUUAAAGCAGAAGAACAAGUCUUGGUGCCACCACUAAGCAGGCCCUCUUGCCUGUAGCCAACACCCACACCUCUUUUUGAACCAAUGUGUACAACACUCUGCAAAAUAGCAAUGAAAAGAGAUCUCCCUGUCUUGAGGAGUGUAAAACUUAACACAGAGAUGGCAGUAGCUGGUGGGGAAGGGCAAGUAGGGGAAGAUUAUGUGUUGAGUUCGAUCAAACAUUGAGCUUCCACCCCAUGACCCACUUUACUCAUUAACGUGUACUGGAAACAGUGAGGAGGCGGGGGGAAUCCAGUCAUAACAGCUCUUUUAGCCAUCCUUUUCGGAAAUGCAUCUUAGAAGUUAAAGGGGUAGCUAAUCCUUGUGAUGCAAUCUUGAGUAUGAGCCCAGUUGCCUCCAUUUUGAGUUCGCUAAGGGACAUUUCUUACAGCCUUAGACCUUUAUGUGUUAAAUAAUGUCGCUACAUAAGACAUAUGGGCAUUUGUAGGGCAGGAGAGAUUUUGUCCUGGAGUGAGCCAUGCCCAUGCUUCAUAUAUGGAAGGAAGAUAACACGCACACGUAUUUUUAUUAUUAGUUUUCCAAUAGCCAAAUUAUAGCAAUAACAAUCCCCCAAAUUAUUCAGUUAUCAAAAUGCCAAUCAACUUCCCAUUAAUAAACUUCCCUUUAUUGACAUUUGCUUUGUUUUUCUUUUGCCACUGAAUUUCACUAAACGCACAUAUGUAACCAUUAGCAGGGUUGACCUGCUUUCUGUUCUUAAUUUCUUUCGGAGAAGGUGGCAAAGUAGCUCAAACCCUCCUUGCUUCCCUUCUCUCGGAUGUACCUCUAACCCACAACCGUUUGUCUUGAAUACUAUUUUAUUUUUAUAGCACAGCUUUCAUGUCGAAGGAUCCCAGUGGACAUCAUAAACCUAAUACGUCCAGCAUCCCUGAAAUGCAGUCACCUCUGAGGUGGAAAGGGACAGACAACUGGUGUAUCUUUCCACAGAAUAUGGAUGGGUCUGAAGAGGUAGAAAGGUAAAAUUUUGGACAAGGGCAAUAGGGUAAACCUUUGUUUUUGCAAAACACUACUUACUGUAUCACCAUCUUUCAAUACCAGUGCCAAAGUAUGUUUUCUACAACUUCUGAAAUUAGUGUCGUGUGAAACAAAUUUGAAUUCAGCUUCUAUUUUACUAAUUCAAAUCGUAGUCAUGUUUUUUUGUCAGGUGGUCUUUUUAUGAUGGGCAGUAUAUAAGUUUAAUAAAGAAUAACAUUAUGGUUUUUUUCCUACUCAUAAAAAGUAUUGUACUUGUAAGAAUGUCCUUAACAGGUAGUUACUUAACAAUAGUAAAUAGUGUUCAAGUAUUGGGUGGGAAUUAUUUUUCAGAAUCUCACUGGUUUCACAAGCUCCCAUUCUUGCAGACUGUUUUACAUUACUGCUUUGUUUUUAAAUCCAAGCUUCCUAACAGUUUAGCAGAACAAGUUGGCCUUUUAUUUUGGGGAUUCUGUAACGCAAUAGCUUUCCACUCUUCAUGGCUCCUUUUGUCAGCACUGCAUUGUUAGGUACAUCCAAAAAUAUGACAUGUCUUCUAAAGAUGUGUGGAGAUGUAAUCUGAAAGAUAUUUCACCGUGUGGCUGGCCUCUUGCAUUGUUUCCUGUGUUUAUAUGUUACGUAGCUAUACAGGGCCCAACAUUAUGUGAGAGCAAAUAUUGGAUCUCUUCUUUAGCAAAGGGCAUAAAGGUGCAUGUUCUUUAUGAAGGCAUUUUUCAUCAGAGUUUGGUUGCGCUUGCAUUUAAAUAGCUGGUCUAAACUUGCAUCUUCAACAAUAGCCUCCUUUCUGCCCCUCAAAGUGCCACAAGAUGUUUUAAAUAUGCUACGAUGGUGGCAUUCCUGGAACCAGAUGGGGAGGGGGGGGAGCAUGGAGCAAUUUGAAAACAAACCAUCAUGGCUGCAGGAUAUUUUCUGCUUGCUGGAGAACAUGGCUUCCUCCAAAUAGGGUACCUUAAAUAGGGCAGACACUGACAGCUUAUCCACAGUAAAGCUACAGACAGCUUUCUGGCCUUUUUUUUUUUUCCUUCUUGAAAUGGGAGAGAGCGCGUUAAUUUCCCCCGUUUAAUUAAUGUGAGCAGGUAGCGUUCUAGGAGCGCAGCUGUUUGAAACUGUAGGCGUAAAGUAGUAAUUUGGAAAAUUGGAGAGAUGGCUAGUUGGCUUUCUCUCUUAACUGGAAGCUGGCAAUCCGUUGUCCUGUCUUGUGCAGUUUUUUCUUAAUGUGAUUACUGCAGAGAAGGGAGUUUUAAACUAGAUGGAUGAGGUAGGAGGUAACGGUUCCCUUAUGUGAUGAUCCGCAGCAUUUUAGAAAGUGACAAGAUCAGCUGUGUUGGCUCAAUUCAUUUGUAUGUAGAGGAGAAACACUUUCUUUUGCUUUGCUGUGGUUGAAACAGUUUGGUUAUGGAAAAUAAUCCAUUAGCUGAAGAUGCAACAAACCUCAAGUAUGUAAGCCAAAUUAGGCAAGGACUUUUUCUGCAUUUCUUUCUAUAAACUACUAGGCUAUCUGUAAAUGGAAAACCUGUUCAGCAAAGAGGUCUAGGAACCUGCAAAAGCUUCAAAAUCACAGCUUAUCUUUCCUGCCUCUUAUACUCCAGGUUUAUUAAUCCACAGUAAAUUAUUGUAUUCUACUUGUAAUUCUCAGAAGGAAUUUGCAUAUCUGCUCCACACGGAUAGUUUGAAACAGCGUGAGGGAAAAUCUACCGUACUUUUAAUUACCUUGGUAGAGGGUUCAAAACAGCAAUUCUCUUUGUAAACUGCUUUGAAGUUGUUUUUACUAACAGGCGGUGUAUAAUUUUUUAUUAAAUGAAUGAAGGGGUACAUUCACGUUAACGGUGAUGAAUCUGGUCCAUUAAAGAGUAAUACAAUUCUGGCUUGAGCCGUUCUAGUACUGUAGGUUUAGGUUUUCGCAGUAACGAGCUAAAAGGAUUAUUUCCCUUGAAUACAAGUCCAGCCUUUCUCACCCCUGGGUCCCCAGAUGUUGGACUACAACUCCCAUCAUCCCUAGCUAGCACAACCACAGAUCGGGGAAGAUGGGAGUUGUAGUCCAGCAGCCUCUGAGGACCCCCAGGUUGAGAAUGGCCUUUGGGCUGUGAAUUAUGUAUGUAAAGGAAAUAAAUUAAGACUCUUUAUGAUUAAGUGGUUUGGUAUAAGAGUAAUGAACACUUCAUUGUGGAGCUAAAAUCCAAAAUGCAGUUGGGCCAUAUCUUAAGGCUUAAAAGUUAGGGGACAUGGGAAGGUCUGUUGAAUUUGAAGUGGUCCAGUUCAGUAUAGCUCCUUCACCACUCUUCCCUAAAAACUUAUUCAUCCUCAAUGUCAUAAAUCUGCCACACUUCAUAUUUGCCAUUGCAGUACCUGAAAAAACACACUAUUUAAUAACCCGAAGUACAUGCAAUAAGGGGAUGAGUGCAAUAUGUUCGUUCAUUUCAUUCCUGUUGUGCUUAACUUUAUUAUUAUUGAAUUUUAGACAGUUAACGGAAGCAAAUACUGAAGUCAGCCUUUGGUCAUAAUUUAGCUGCAUCUUUCGUACAGAACCUACCACCACAGGCUGGAUUUGCACUACUGUUCUGUUGUCGCUGGUUUACUGCUGGGGUGACCAUCUGAAGGGUUUCUGUGUGGAUAAUUGGACGCUUAAUCAGACUCGACUACUGUAGAUCCAAGGGCGGUUUGAACAUCCCAGAGUAAGAUUAGUGUGGACAGUUCUGGGGUGCUUGGAAAGCUUAUACGCUACCUUUUCUGCAAGCUAGCAGUUGAGGCAGCUUGGUAGUGAAAAUGCAAAGCAGCGUAAGUACAAAAUGAUAAAAUAGAAAGUAGCAGCCACUGUAGAAAAAAGAGCUGCUGUAAUGUAGAUAAAAUAUAACUCAUUCCUCCCCCACCCCAGUAACAUAGCACACAUCAGUAAAACAAUUCAGCCAUCAGAAACUCCCAUCGCAGCCCAAAACAGUUUAGAACAGAAUGUCCUUAAGUUUUAACAUUUUCACUUUGAAGGGCUGUAGCCCAGGCACAGCAUUAUAAAAAUUUUUUUUAAAAAUUACCCUCCCUUCACCGCAUGGUCUCAGGUUACUACUAUUUAAAAUACAGUGGUACCUCGGGUUAAGUACUUAAUUCGUUCUGGAGGUCCGUUCUUAACCUGAAACUGUUCUUAACCUGAAGCACCACUUUAGCUAAUGGGGCCUCCUGCUGCCGCCGUGCCACCGGAGCACGAUUUCUGUUCUCAUCCUGAAGCAAAGUUCUUAACCCGAAGUAAUAUUUCUGGGUUAGCGGAGUCUGUAACCUGAAGCGUAUGUAACCCCAGGUACCACUGUACAAAGAAACAAUUUUAAACAAAUAAUCAAGAGAAUAAGGUGGCCCCAGAAUAUACCUCUCAGAAUGUCAAAAGCCAGUGUAAAGAGGUGGGUCUUCAGCAUAUGACAAAAGCUACAUGUGGAGGGGAAAUUCCACAACUUGGGGCCUGCCGCAGAGAAUACUCUGGCUUGAAAUACACUUAAGGGGGACCAGUGUUGGAACUGGGAUAGAAAAGCUAUUUACCACAUGGCUCCUGGAACCUGUGCUGUGGGCACCAAAACAGAAUGCUUAGUCACAUAUUUUUUUUUAAAUUCAGCAACAUUUUCAUAAGCACGAACUAAUACUGUUCUUUAACCAGGUAGAAGAGCGCUUGAAUCGCUUGGCUCAUGUGCCUCUUUAGGUGCUCUACUUCUGCGCGAAUCAGCUGGUUCAUGGGGCAGCGCAGCGCCAAAAGAGGCGUACCUUUUUGUGCCCUGUUGCCCCUCAGACCAUUUGCAGCCACACCAGCCGUCCAGAUGGAGAUGUUAGGCACCAAAACUGGCGCUCAGAGAUCUCCACCUCCUCACAAAAGGCCGGUUCCCUGUGGCAAAAUGUGCCUGGCCCCUGGCAGGCACAGUGGGAGGGCAGGGCGGAAAAAAAUGGCGUGCCAGAAUUCAGUGUGGAAAAGCUUCCUAGGACUAGGUUGCUGAACUCUGCAUUGGCUUUGCGGGAGGUUAUGAGUUGGAAUGAUAAUGAAGCUGAUUAUUGGAGCAAGAGAGGCUUGUGCCCUAAGGUAGGGGUGUGAAACCUGUGAAUCUCUGAUGUUUUGGGACCCCUAACUGCCAUCAGUCCAGCCAGUAUGCUCAGUCAUCAGGGAUGAUGGAAGUUGUAGCACAGCAACGGCUCUGUUUGCUUUAGGGAAGGGAUGUGGGUGGCGCUGUGGUCUAAAGCACUGAACCUCUUGGGCUUGCUCAUUGGAAGGUCGGCGGUUUGAAUCCCCGCAAUGGGGUGACCUCCCGUUGCUCUGUCCCAGCUCCUGCCAACCCAGCAGUUCGAAAGCAUGCCAGUGCAAGUAGAUAAGUAGGUACUGCUGCGGCGGGGAGGUAAACGGCGUUUCCGUGUGCUUUGGCACUCGUCACUGUCUUCCAUGCGUCAGCGGUUUAGGCCUGCUGUCCACAUGACCCGGAAAGCUGUCUGUGGACAAAUGCCGGCUCCCUUGGCCUGAAAGCAAGAUGAGUGCCGCAACUCCAUAGUCACCUUUGACUGGACUUAAUCAUCCAGGGGUCCUUUACCUUUUGCCUUUUUACCUGCUUUAGGACAAGCUGGUUUUCAAGCUCGUUGCUGCCUUUACAACUAAAAGAUUUAUUUAGUGGCAGUAGUAAGCUAAGAGAUGGUUAACAGACCAGUGGCCCAGGCAUCUGCAGGCACCACUAUCGCAUACUUUGGACUUGUGACAAAGGUUGGCUACUACCAGGCUAGGAGAUGGAGAAUGUGUAAUUUGCAUGCCCACACAGAAUGUAGUGGGGAUUCCCCUACAUUCUGUGUGGAUUUGCCCCUCAAAUGCAGAAUGCAAGCUCAGCAGGGGCAGUUUGGGUGGAGUACAGAAGGAAAUGAGGUGGUUCAAGUAAAAAAGUCCUUUAAACCUUUUGGAAGAAAUUAAGACUUCUCAAAUGGAAGCUCCACAGCUGCCAUGAUUUUGAAUCACUUUAGAAACUUAUAGCUAGUGCGAGUCUCUCGGACAAUUUUGUGUUCCUUGCGGGUUUAUUUUCCAAACCUCCUGUGGAUAUGUCUUUUCUUUUCUUCCCCACGGAGUGGCUUAUUGGUAACUUUAGCCCUCAGCGAAAUGUUUUCCUACUUGCAGAACACAUUUACGUGGAUAAAGACAAACAGAACAAAGUUGCUUCCUCAAUUAUUUUAUAAUCGUAAUGCAUCAGGGAGACAGUAAUGGCUCUGGAAAAGAAAGAUUUGUUUUACACCUGCACCUCUUCACCAUCACUUCCUUAUUAAGGAAACUAAUGAUUGUCUCUGAGGGCAUUAAAGUGAAGGGAGGAAGGCUUGGCUGCGGUGGCGUGUAAUCUUUCUUUAAAAAAAAGAAGAAGAAAACUUGCUUGGUAACGCUGCCCUUCUCAACUGAGCUAAGAUGCCACUUCAAAAUGUACCCUACAUAAACUGGAUGCAUGGAUAAUGUUGGGUUCAGCUGAUGUACCAAAUUUGGGUGGGUAGGUGGUGAAUGUACUGGGGACAGGCCUUCCUUUUGCAUAAUUUUUCCAUUUGCCUAAAAUGAAGAUGCGUGUGUUUCUGCAUGUGUGCAUAUUAACAUACACAUACUUGGUUGGAAAGUGAUUUCACCCUCCUUUUUGUGUCUUGUCACAUACUUCAUCCCCAAUAUCUCCUGUUAGUUAGCCAUCUGCAUCUGUGCAAGGUAUUGCAGCAAAAAACCUGGUCCUAAAGUUAUUAGGCAGUGAAAAUGUAGCUGCUAAAAUAUACCUAUGAAAACAGAUAAGGCUAGAAGGAACUUUCAUUUAUCACAGGCAUAGGCAAACUUUUGGGACUACAACUCCCAUCAUCCCUAGCUAACAGGACCAGUGGUCAGGGCUGAUGGGAAUUGUAGUCUUAAAAAAACUUACGGAGGGCCGGGUUUGCCUAUGCCUGAUUCAUCCUUUCCUGUUAAAUGCUUGUCCUAACAGGAGAGGCUUACUUAAGAAGUAAAUUCUGAAUUAGGAAGCAGCCAUCAAGAAUUCAGCCUCUUCUGCCCUUCUUUAAGAUUAGCAUGAAAGUUGUACACUUGCAACAUUCUCUCAUACCAUCCUCUUGUGGAACAGGGUUUAAGACCAGGUCCAAGCCGUGUUGUAGGUAAAAAGCAGUACAGUGGUACCUUGGGUUAAGAACUUAAUUCAUUCCGGAGGUCCGUUCUUAAGCUGAAACUGUUCUUAACCUGAAGCACCACUUUAGCUAAUGGGGCCUCCAGCUGCCACCGCGCCGUCGGAGCACGAUUUCUGUUCUCGUCCUGAAGCAAAGUUCUUAACCCAAGGUACUAUUUCUGGGUUAGCGGAGUCUGUAACCUGAAGCGUAUGUAACCCGAGGUACCACUGUACUUCGAAUUUUACCCUUGGUGAUGGGAAGGUAGCGCAGAUCCUGGACCACUGUUAACAGAAUAUUUACAGUGACUCACCUCCAUUAGGUUCACUACAUAGAUUCCUCAAGAAGGCAUAAACUGCAUAAUUUGACCCAAAGGCAAACCCGGCAUCUAAACAAAGGGACUUUUCAGCUGGUGUGUAAAUCAAGUGAAAAAGCAAGUGAUGCUUUUUCAGCACUCCUUUGCUCAGAAUCCCUUAUGCUUUUAAGGCAGCAUAAUGUAGUUCUGUGUCCUGCUUGCUUUCAUUUUUUUUGGGGGGGGGAGGAAACAGUUCUUAUUUGCAUGCAAACAGCGCAGCCUUUUCUGUAGUUUUGCAAGGGUUUCUACUUUCUUUUUUCUCUGCUGCCAUUUCAUCGCCAGAGUAUUUUGUUUGUUGUAUCCACAGCAACCACCUCAGAUGCAGAACAGUACUGUAAAAGUCAAUAAUCUUGCCUUUUAUGCUUGCCUAGGGAGAUGACUCCCUGACCUUUCUGUGCUCAGGAGGCCUUCCUUAAAACUCGGCAACCUUCCUUAGCCCCAGAGAAUCGUUUUAAGUAUAAGAACGCCUGGUUUAACAACCUAUGCACACGUUCAUGCGGCCAGAUUUAGUUUGCAGUGCUGUAGCUGGAACAUUCUCACAAUUCAAAGACUUGGCCUUUUGCAGUUUUCUGUCCCCUUCUCUCUCCCCCAACCCCUUGUUUUUUCAGAAUGCAAGUAGAAAGAGGUUGUAUUGGAAGCAGCUGCCUUGCGAUUCUGAGCAUGGAAAGUUCAGAAUAGAUCUGUCUGGCCAUAUGUUUUUUACUAAGCAACUCUGUUCCUAAUGCUGGUUGAAACAUUUGAAAACCUCACCCUAUAAACGUCUUUCUGAAAACAAAAGGCUGCAACAUGCAUGAAGUGAAAUUUCUGUGCUUUGUAUAGUCUUCUCUUCUUCCCUCAUUUACCAUCCAUUAACAAUAUUCCACUUUUGGGUUUCAGCAAAAGUUCACAGAGCAGUUAGCCAAGUGAAAUGGAAACCCACCUUUAAAAAAAUUAAACAAAAGCUAACAUUAAGUAACACAACAGUAGGUGAGUUCUUCUGGAGAAAGAAAGAAAUUUUAAAAGCCUAUGUUAGAGUAUAUUGAUUUAUUGCUCAGAUAAGCGUCCGGCACACUUCCCUGCGCAGGCCUCUGCUUUCCAAAGUCCGACAUAUCUGAGCAUAGCAGAGUUUCAACAGCGGCAAGAGGAAGACUGCAAAACACUCCAGUGCAUUCUACAGUGUGCUUGAAUAAAGUCCACACAGGAUCUUAGCAGCUAAAGCAGUUUUAUUUACAGCAGACUAUCCAUUAUCUAUCACAGCGAACAGCAUCGCGAAAACACGUCCUCUCUCCUCAAAAGCGAAAGUAGAGAGAAAACACAGCCUAGUGGCAUAAAAAAAUAUUUGCACCUGUUUCAGAACGGAGCCAAAUCAAGUAGGGGAAUUUCGUGUUCCAUAAUUCCAGGGCAACAUCAGAAGCAGUUCUAGGAUGCAUCUAACAUUAAUUCUGCUUGGAUUAAUUCUAGUUGGAUACAACCUUUAGUCUGGUAGAUGACAUGCUUGCCCCCAGUAUGAGGAACAGUGUUAGAGAUAUAAAAGCUAGGAGCUAAAUGGCACCUUAAACCUAGGUUAUGGACGCAACAAUGGAAUGUCUAGGUUUGCUUUCUUAUAACAAGAAUUUAUAACAAGCUGAAAAUAAAUGAACUGCAGCUAAAAUCUUAUGUUCAUUUUUCACAUGGUCUAGUCCUUCCCCUGCCCACCCCCCUAAUAUUCUUAAGAGGGUCUCUGCUCCAGUGUUCAGAGAGUAGCCGGAAGUGGGGAGGCAGAAAAGGGUCCUCCUUUCCUUCCACUCCACAGUUUUAAUCUGAAAUCUUAGGUGCAGCCAUGCGCCCAGAGCUCAGAAACUGCUUGUGCUAAUGAAAUUCCCUGUCGCAGAAUGCCCCUAGAACAAUGGGAGUUUCAAACACUGUUGUGGUAUCCUGUAGGAGGGAAUCAUUGGCUGAUCUUAAGGCUUUGAGAAAGAUCAAAAAGGCCAUGCACACCCACAUAGUAAUGUAGAAAUGCAAAUGACAGGUUCAGAAACACAGCAUGCUUAGUGAUCGGAUUUGUGCAAAAUAAGCAAAUAUACAUUUACUCCACUGUUGAAACUUGGAAUGUAAGCUAGCUGUUUGCUUAUGUUAAUACAGGGGAAUCCCCACUUACAUGAGGGUUCCGUUCCUGGCAUUCCCAAGUGUUAUUGCUGCGCACGCAAGUGGGGAUUCCUCCGUUCCGCCCCCUUUCGGUGCUGAAAACUGCACGUGUCAGCAGGACACAGGUGAGGGGAUGCCUUUAUUGCAAAGUAGCAUGUACACUGAUGAUGCUAUAUUGCAUAGCUUACCUUUCAGGUGGUGCUUCCUGGGCCCUCUGUUGCUGUCUAGAAGGCAUCAUUGGAAAGCUUUGUUGACACCCACAGAAGCAAGUUGCAAGACAACCAGUGAUUUAUCAUUAGCUUAGAGCUGGUUGUGUUUAUUGCAAGAAUGUGAAAGAGAGGGAAACGGUGGGUUUUGAGGCUGGAUGUGAUGGAACUGGCAAGGAUGACCCUGUGCAGAAUUCUCCAAAAGACGUGAGGAGAAUUGGAGGAUCCUGGGAUGCCUAGCUGCUGUUGAGGUGUUUCACAAAUGACAAGUAUUGUUACAUGGCUGGGAUGCAGAGGGUGCAUUUAGAUGGUCCGUCUGAUCAUAUCAUAGCAAGUCUCCUAAGGGAAGAAAAUGUGUUGUCGAGAUUUGUCUAGCAGUGCCCACUGCUAUGGCAACAGCAUGGCAUAGGAUGGCUUGCCACAGUAGUUCAGAUUUUCUCAGUUGUGAAUCUGCCAGGAAAAGGGGGUGGCUGGAUGCUGUUGCUGUUCUGCAAGCUUUGCCAAGAAUCGUUGGGUGUAAAAGAGAAACUGUGGCCUGGAGCCUUGCGUUUGUUCUAAGCUGCCACUUGGACAUCAGCGUUUACCUGCAGGGCACAGGUUCAGGCUAGCCCUCCCUUGUGAGUAGUUGAAUCAGGCCUUAUUGCCUUCUGUUAUCAAGGUAAAGGACCAGGUGGAAGAGUGGGCUACCUGCAUUUAGUUGCAAGGCAGUUGUUGGGCCUCUCCUGAGCUACAGGCUGCUAUUGGAUUGGUCACCUGCCCUAUUGCUCCCUUUGUUGCUGGCCGCCCUCCAAUCACAAUCUCUUGAGCUCCUCCUGCUCCUGGUUUUCAUGUAGGGCCUUGACUUAACCAGGCAGCCUCUACAAGUCUGCUUGAAUUUGCCUAGACCGUUGCACCUUCUCAGGUUGCUGUCACUGUCAUCUCUCAGUACCUCCCAUCUCCCUAUUGGUUAAGGGUGGCCUUUAUUCUGGCCAGGAGCUGUGGGACAUUCUCAUGGCUCAUGAGACGCAGAGUGCCUUACCUGGGAAUGUCACGCAAUUGGACCCCUAAGGCUGGCACAAAGCACUGCCACCCCAGGGUUUAGCUUGAGGUUGUGUUGUUGUGCCUGAACAGUUUGCAUCUAGUCCUUCACCGUCUUCCAACCCUGCUGUCAAUCUCCUCCUCCUCCCUCACAGUGUUCAAAAUUCUCCAGGCGCAUUUUGCACCUAGCUUUCGACUUCUUGCGAUCAACUGAAGAUGCCUGGGUGCCAGGAUGGGACCUGACACCUCCACUAUCUGGAGAUCAUUGGAUCUGGACUGUUUUCACACACUAAUACACCAUCCUGUAGAAUUCUAUCACUUACAUUUUAUCUGCACAGUCAGAAUGAAUUUCUGGAACCAAAUCGCUUUUUCUGUGCAGCCUGGAGCAGGAGCAGUCACCAUGAAGAAAGAGGUCGGAAUAAGCGAAUAUAUGUGUGUUCCUGGGUCAAAUGACUUUUUAAACCUAGCUCAAGGUUGUCAUCUGAACUAGCCAGAUGCUUAACUGAGAAUCAAUCGCAGCCAGUCCAUCCUUUGAAAAACAAGACUUUAGAGCCGUCUUGCCCUAAAAUGGCAACUAGACAUUCCAUUUUGGUGACUGUAACCUUGGUUUUAAGGGGCCAUUUGGCACCUAGCUUAUAUAUAUGAGUUUUGAACACCGUGCAAAAAGAGUGUCCAUACAGAUGGGAUACAGAUCCCUUUCCAACUGCCACACCAGAGAACUUCUCCUUGUCCUUUUUUCUAAGACUUGGGAUACACAAACGUUUUUGAAAUCUAGGUGGAGUUGCCAAAGGAGGUGUCUCCUCGUGAGGACUGUUUGGAGCCUGAGUUGAUGCUUGCUGUCAGCCGAAAUAUUGUGCCAGCCGCUUGAUAUCCAGAGCUUACAAAGAACGAGAAAGCUAAAUUACGCUUAACCUACAACGCUGUAUAAACAAACCUUUUAUUCAGUUAAAACCACAAGUGGUAUCAAAUGCUUGCUGGCUGCUGGGGUGGUUCUUUGUUUGGAAUAAUGUGUUGUACAGCCAAGAAUAUAAUCCUGAGGGCAGCAAAGAACAGUACCAUUCCUUUCCAAAGGUUGUGUUUAUUCACAGGACGAUGAUUGGUUCAACAAGGCUUGAGUCAUCUCAGUGUAAAGCUUGUGUAAACGAUUUUAGAAUGGAGAAAGGAAUACUCCAGGUUUCAACAGAGACUUGGCCAUAGUUAUACGUAUAUUACUUCUUGCUUUGGUUAUAGAGAGGGAAAUGAGUUUAUUGCAUGGCUCUGCGAUGGGGUGUCUCCCACACCCAUGGGAACUUUUUAAUGAAAUGUUUUCCCGGUUGUGGCUGUUGAUUUCUACAUCUUUUUACAGGCUGCUCCCCAAUUUUCUAAUUGUAGGAGAGAGAGGCUUUAUACACCUACAUGCACACACUACGGGCCACACCUGUAUAUGCUAAUUAUUCAUUUAUCAGCGAAUCUUGCUUUCUCUUUCACACACCAUCACCACCAGACAAAUUUUGUCUUCUUUUUUUUUAUAAAUAAUAUUUAUUAAAGUUUCAAAAGAAGAAAAAUCACAUUAAUAAAAGAAAAAAAUUAACAAUAAAAAGGAAAAAUACAAAAUAGAAAAAAGAAAAAACAGUUAAAAACAAUUCCACCUUUUCUUCACUUCUUUUACGUUUACUUGUUUCCCGGACCUCCUCAUACCUCCCUCUUUUGUAUUCCAAUUCAAUUUGUUAAUCCAACAAUUCCUUUCCCUCCUUUUUAGUUCUAAUCUUUAAUCUUAAUAUUAUAACCUUAAAUUUUUACAUAUUAAAAACCAAUUUUUCCAUAUUCUUUUGUACCUAUACCGCUAGAAACCACUUAACUUCAAUCCAACAUCAUUCUAACAUUCAUUAAUUUUGCAAUAUUUCUGUAAAUAGUCUUUAAAUUUCUUCCAAUCUUCUUCCACCGACUCUUCUCCCUGGUCUCGGAUUCUGCCAGUCAUUUCCGCCAAUUCCAUAUAGUCCAUCAAUUUCAUCUGCCAUUCCUCCAGUGUGGGUAAGUCUUGUGUUUUCCAAUGCUUUGCAAUAAGUAUUCUUGCUGCUGUUGUAGCAUACAUAAAGAAAGUUCUGUCCUUUUUUAACACCGAUUGGCCGACUAUGCCCAGGAGAAAGGCCUCUGGUUUCUUCAACAGACAAAUUUUGUCUUCAAGGCUGGUCUUCCCUUACUCGUUUCCUGCUUCAUUUUUAACCGGCCCUCUGUAAUGAAAAAAACCAAAAACGCAUCCGGGGUCUAUUAUUCUGGUGAAGGCUGACUUAGGUUUACACAUAUGGGUAAAGGUAAAGGGACCCCUGACCAUUAGGUCCAGUCGUGACCGACUCUGGGGUUGCGGCGCUCAUCUUGCUUUACUGGCCGAGGGAGCCGCUACAGCUUCCGGGUCAUGUGGCCAGCAUGACUAAGCCACUUCUGGUGAACCAGAGCAGCGCACGGAAACGCCGUUUACCUUCCCAUCGGAACCUAUUUAUCUACUUGCACUUUGACGUAGGUGGGCAGGAGCAGGGACCGAGCAACAGGAGCUCACCCCAUCACGGGGAUUUGAACCGCCGACCUUCUGAUCGGCAAGCCCUAGGCUCUGUGGUUUAACCCACAGCGCCACCCACAUCCCACACAUAUGGUUAUUUCAUAGCAAUUAGGUAUGCCAGCAACUAGGGCUCGGCGAUACCUGGUUUUCAAGAUUGUGAUAUAUCACCAACUAAACAUCACCUAGCCCACCCAGCAGUUCGAAAGCAUGUCAAAGUGCAAGUAGAUCAAUAGGUACCGCUCUGGCGGGAAGGUAAACGGCGUUUCCGUGCACUGCUCUGGUUCACCAGAAGCGGCUUAGUCAUGCUGGCCACAUGAUCUGGAAGCUGUACGCCAGCUCCCUCGGCCAAUAAAGCGAGAUGAGCACCGCAACCCCAGAGUCGGCCACGACUGGACCUAACGGUCAGGGGUCCCUUUACCUUUACCUAAACAUCGCAAUAUAUUGCAAUGUCUGCAGAUAAAGAUGUAACUGUGUAGAGGCGAACAGCAACCUGUGCUAAUACUGAAUUGCAUACUUUUAAAACAGGUACAGUUCUUAGCCUCCUUCCCCAGCAAUUCUGUUGGAUCUUCCUGCUUUUCAUGGGGUAAGAACAGAGAAGGUUCCCCCCCCCCCCAAAAAAGAAGGGGAUGCUUUGGGGACAGUGGUACAGUGUUACCAGCUGCAUAAUUGCUCGUAGUAAAUUAACGUGCCAUUUAUUUCACUUAAUCCUGGAAAAUAGCAGUAAUUUUAUCUCUGGGCACAUUAGCAAGUAAUUAUCCAAACAUGAUAAAACUUGAAAGUCAUUUUGCCUUUUUUAAAAAAACAAAACAAAACACCCCACUAGCAACUAAUAGCUACAUCUAUCAGCUGCUGAGUGACAGCAAUGAUAAUUUAACAGCUGAAUUUAAUUAUGGUUGGGGUUUAUUGCUUUUUUAGUAAUCUCUCAUUGAUGAUCCUGAACAGCUCUUGGGUUUCCUUAAUAUCAUGGAAAGGGAUAUUGCCUGUCCUGGCAAGGAAUCUGUAAUUUUGUCUAAUGUGGGCUGCCCACACCAUUACUUUCCUAUGAACAUUGGUGUUAAAGAGAACUUGGGUGGGUUAAUGAUUGGCAGGAAGACAGGGCUCUUCUGUCCCCCUCCCUCAAGUUUAUGACUAUUGGCAUGAUGUUUUCCUAUAGUUGUGAAAUAUUCUUCACUUGCCUUUGUUAAAAUUCCGCAGAGGAAUUUUAGUUUGGCAAGCCUUCCGGCAGGUAAUUGUCUAAAUGCAGGACAUUUUGACAAGUUCUUGAUUUGCCAGUAUAUUUGAAAUACUAACUAAAAAAAAUUAAUCUUGUCAGGGCAUGAUACUAAAAGUCCAUGAUACAGCAAACUUGAUGAAGUGUGCAUGCACACGAAAGCUCAUACCAAUAACUAACUUAGUUGGUCUAAGUUGCUACUGAAAGGAUUUUUAUUUUUAUAUAUAUAUAUUUUUGUUUCGACUACGGCUGACCAACCCGGCUACCUACCUGUAAAUUGAUGAAACUAAGCAAGUCUGGGUCUGGUCAGUGCUUUGGGUGAGGGAAACUGCCUGGGUCCCCUUUGCAUCCCAUCUUGAGUCCACCGUGGGGAAAAAGUGGGAUAUAAAUUCUAUAAAUCCACUCAGAAAACUGAUUAUUGUGUUAAAAGUAUCAUUUUGCAGGAUUGUUCGUGUUGGUUUUCCUUUUAUUUCAGACGUAAAGCGUUCCUGCAAAAUGCAGACGUAAAAUGAUCACAUUAAAAAAAAUGCACCUUCUGGGUUUGUUUGUUUUUUGGUAACUUUUCCAUAUCAUAGUUGAUGUGUGUAGCUUCUCAAUCCAGCUCGCGGACGGUCCGGGAAUCAGCGUGCUUUUACAUGAGUAGAAUGUGUCCUUUUAUUUAAAACACAUCUCUGGGUUUUUUGUGGGGCCUGCCUGGUGUUUUUAUAUGAGUAGAAUGUGUGCUUUUAUUUCAAAUGCUGGGUUAUUUGUGGGGCAUAGGAAUUUGUUCAUUUUUCCCCCCUCUAAAAUAUAGUCUGGACCCCCACAUGGUCUGAGGAACAGUCCAUGGCUGAAAAAGGUUGCUGACCCGUUCUCUAGAAACACCUGCUUCCUAGUUCCACUACCUCUUUGGUCACCUACAUGCUCCUUAAUACUCCGGGUGAAUGAUCUAUCUCCGACAAAAAAUAAUUCUUCUGGGAGAUAUUUAUGUGAUGCCUUUUCAUUUGUAAGCGGUCGAUGAAACCUCUUCCAGAAAACAUGGGUGUUGCUGGAAUACAGCUAUGUUAGUGCCAUGAAAAUAAUCUUCGUACGUUAUUCCGCUUUAGUUGUGGUCAGUGUAGUUGCACCUUGUGACUUUCAUAACAUGCAUAAUGUCUCUGGGCAUUGCCCCCCGCCAUUCAAACCAAAGGUUUACACCUUGACAUAGAGAAGAUGACUUUUAACCAACAUGCAAAUACCGUAUUUUUCGCCCUAUAGGGCGCACCUCGUUUUUUGGGGGGGAAAUAAAAAUUUCCCCCCAGCCCCCAGAACAGGCUGCUAUCCGCAAGCCUUGCGAGUCCAGCGGGAGUUAUCGCCGGGCUCACAAGGCUUGCGGACAUCUGCGCGAAGCACGGGACGCCCUCCGGAGCACGCCCCGUGCUUCGGGCUGCAGGCCGCUGCCCGCAAGCCUUGCGAGCCCGCGGGAACUCCCACCGGGCUUGCAAGGCUUGCGGAUAGCUUCCUGAAGCCUGGAGAGCGAGAGGGGUCUACGCGCACCGACGCCUCUCGCUCUCCAGGCUUCUGCGAAAGCCUGCAUUCGCCCCAUAGGACGCACACACAUUUCCCCUUUAUUUUUGGAGGGGGAAAAGUGCGUCCUAUAGGGCGAAAAAUACGGUACGUCAAACUGACAGACUAAGGCUGUGUAAUCUCCCUGGAAUAUUUCUUUCAUCAUUUUACCGUGUUUUUGAAAUCCAAACCCAUCAGUGAAGGAUGGUCACUGCUGGUCGUAGGCCUCACUGUGCUUUCAACUAGCUCACAGUUUGUUGGAAGAAAAAACAGCCAUGUCAGGAAGCUCCGAUACUGUUGAGUGAUAAUGCUGUCAUUUUCAAUGCAGGAUCGAUUCACAAGAGCAAGUAAUUCACUGCGGGUAUAUAUUUAAAUUGACAACCAUUCUCAAAUUGCCAGUUACAUUCUGAGGAUCUUUACUGCUGCUUCCCAGCAAUCGAGUAGUACAUGCUCCCCCAUUUGAAUGUUUCAUCUUUAUUUCUAUUCCUUUUUUUGAGCUGAAGGGGGGGGGAUUUGCAUUUCACAAAUAUUUUUUUGACCCCUGGAAAUUGCCCCUCCUUCCCCGUUUAGCGAAGUUUUGCAUGCCAUUGUGUAAUUGUGCGAAACAGUUUGCAUGUGCGGUGUUAGAAACUCAGAUAUAUCAGAUAGGCACCAGACGGCUCCUUAAACCAGGGUUAUAGUCACCAAAAUGGAAUGCCUAGUUGCCAUUUUGGGGCCAGGCAGCUUGAAAGCCGUAUCUUUCAAUACGACUUUUGGGUUCAUGAAAUUCGUCUGGUUGUGCAGAUAACAGAUGGAAUUCUGCAGGAUGUGUAGCUAGUGUGUGAAAACAGUCAAGAUCCAAGCACCCCCAGAUAGGCACCUCCAGAUGGUGGAGACGUCAGACGCCAUCCUGGCGCUCGGGCAUCUUCACUUAGCUACAAGUGGCCGAUGUUGUUGUUUAGUCGUUUAGUCGUGUCCGACUCUUCGUGACCCCCUGGACCAGAGCACGCCAGGCACUCCUGUCUUCCACUGCCUCCCGCAGUUUGGUCAAGCUCAUGUUCGUAGCUUCGAGAACACUAUCCAACCAUCUCCUCCUCUGCCGUCCCCUUCUCCUUGUGCCCUCCAUCUUCCCCAACAUCAGGGUCUUUUCCAGGGAGUCUUCUCUUCUCCUGAGGUGGCCCAAGUAUUGGAGCCUCAGCUUCAGGAUCUGUCCUUGAUUUCCUUCAGAAUUGUUUGAUCUUCUUGCAGUCCAUGGGACUCUCAAGAGUCUCUUCCAGCACCAUCAUUCAAAAGCAUCCAUUCUUCGGCAAUCAGUCUUCUUUAUGGUCCAGCUCUCACUUCCAUACAUCACUACUGGGAAAACCAUAGCUUUAACUAUACGGACCUUUGUUGGCAAGGUGAUGUCUCUGCUUUUUAAGAUGCUGUCUAGGUUUGUCAUUGCUUUUCUCCCAAGGAGCAGGCGUCUUUUAAUUUCGUGACUGCUGUCACCAUCUGCAGUGAUCAUGGAGCCCAAGAAAGUAAAAUCUCUCACUGCCUCCAUUUCUUCCCCUUCUAUCUGCCAGGAGGUGAUGGGACCAGUGGCCAUGAUCUUCGUUUUUUUGAUGUUGAGCUUCAGACCAUAUUUUGUGCAAGUUGCCAAUAGCCAGGUGCAAAAUGCACCUGGCAAAUUUCGACCGCUGGGCAUGUGCAUCUGGUAAGAAAAGGGAAACAUCUCCCAGUUGCUAAAGCAGCAAAUAGAUGCUCCCGUGCCUUGGUGCCGUUGCAUGAAAUUGCGGCAGCAUGUGGAUGAAGAGCUGCAUUCUGAGACGUUGGAUCAGAUUGGGAGGGAUUCAUCUUGUUUUUCGGAGACAUUCACAAAGCCAAAUCUGACUCUGUAACGCCAUUAUGUUUUCCUGGUCACUAUGUGAACCCUUUCUGUCUGCGAUCACACACAGAAGGAGCCCUGAUAAGUUGUGUUUGUUUUUUAAGAAGAUACUCAAGCAUGAAUUAUUUCUUGCAUUUAUUUAUUUGGCAGGUGUGAAAGGCAUAAAACAGUGGAAGUUUAUGUUUAUCUUGAAAUGUUUUCAUCCAGGAAAAAUAGAAGCUACCGAAAAUACUGGUACUACUUGUACUAUAGUAUCUUCCAUAGAAUUUAUUAACUCACUGAAUGCUAUCUUCUUGCAUGGAGCUGGCCUUUUGUUGUUGAAUAGCUUGCUCUGGGCCUGCAAAGCCCAUUUAUGUGUUUUGCUUCCAGAGCUACCAAAUCACCACGGCUUGGCUUGGAGGCGUGUCACUUUGCUGAGUUGUACAUGUUCUGGUCUUCUUGUUUUCAUCAGAUGGUGUUCUUAAGUAAUAAAACAGUUUUGAGAAAACAGUUUUUGAGAAAUGCUGAUUUUACAAUUAAAAACUGUUCUGUAUGUAAAAAUUACAGGAACGUUUAAAAAAAAAAUCCAUUUAUAAAAGUAGUUAAAAAUAAUUCUAAUUAUUUAUUUAUUUCUUUGUUUAUACAUACAUACCUUGCCCAUCUAGCUGGGUUUCCCCAGCCACUCUGGGCAACUUGCAGCAUAUCUAAUAACAUAAUAAAAAGGUCAAGCGUUAAAAAUCUCCUGAUACAGGGUUGCCUACAGAUGUCUUCUACAAGUUGUGCAGUUCUUUAUCUCUUUGACAUCUGAUGGGAGGGCAUUCCAAAGGGAGGACGCCACUGCUGAGAAGGCCCUCUGCCUGGUUCCCUGCAUCUUUGCUUCUCGCAGUGAGUGAACCGCCAGAAGACCCUCUAAAGGAGGACCUCAGUGUCCAGGCCAAAUGAUGGGGUGGAGACUAAAAUAACAUAUAUUUUAGUAUGCGUCUUAUUGGAGUGCUUGUGGUAUCAUUCCUGGAGCCAUUGUGGUUGCACUGGAGAUAGAUACCAACUUAACUGCUUUUACACCUCAGAGCAGACUUUCCCAAACUUGGGUCUUCAGAUGUUUUUGGACUACAAUGCCCAUUAUCCCUGACCAGUGGUCCUGCUAGCUAGGCAUGAUGGGGGUUGUGGUCCAAAAAGAGCUGGGGAGCCAAGUUUAGGAAACCCUGGUUUAGAAUGUCCAUCUCAGAACUUCCCAUUGGUUGAAGCAUGAAAUGUAAAAAUAGCAUCUUUUCUGUAGUUUUACAGUAGUAACUCAGAAGCGAAUAAUUUGCUCAAUACAGUGGAAGACAAACCCAUUCAAAGUGCGCUAAAUCAGACUAGGGUUUAACCACAAAGGAGGAAUAAAAUAUGAAUGUGGUGACUAGAACAUUAAACUUGCUUUAUAAAGUGCCUUUUAGGAGUUAUUCUCAGCCCUACCUAGAGAGUCCAGUGAUUGAAAUCAGAGUCCUUCAUUCUAAAUAUGUACUGUGUCACUGAGCUGUGAGCUUUAGAAUGUGCUAAUUGUAGUAAUUAGUGAUGAAUGUGAUGGGAGAUCAUAUUCCUAUGAAGAUCACUAAAUAACCUAUUUGUCCUUUAGGGUGUAAGAGCAAGAGGCAGUGCCUUCGCUAUAUGGAUUUUCUGUUAUUUUUACUAUUUUACCUUAUUUUUCAUCACUUCCUGUUAGAAAAUAUGAUUUCUCCACCUUAAUUUGUUAGUAAAAGUAGAAGCUGAAUCAUUCGGAACACGUUAGGAGUUGGGGGUGGGGUGUAUAAAGAAGAAAAAUAAUUGAAAACGGAAAGCUUAAUUUGCUUUAACAAGGUUUACCCUAUAAAUGUAUGUUGAAUGUGAAAAUUCUGGAAAAUGAUUUCUCUCCAAAAUUAAAUACCUCUUCCUCCUUGGAGGUGGCUGGCAUACGCAGUCCUGUGCCUCAAUUCCUAUUUCUAAAAUCCCAAUGAAUUGUAACACAGGAGGGAUUAAGAGAUGUAAGACGUACCUUUAAGAUAGACAUUCUGCACUGCUGGGACCCUGACAUGCUAUAUUCUCCUUGAAAGCAGACAGCUUAAGACUCCUCCCAUUUUGUUUUAACAGGUUGUUAGAUACAGGAAUGAGAUGCCAGAGUAUCCCCCUUUUGCCUAAAUGUAAUGGAGCCUGGAGAAAACAGUCCUUUUAAGUCUAUAACAGUGAUGCCUUUUUUAUAUAUAUAAAUGAUCGGAACGGCUAAGGGAGCUGGGCAUGUUUAGCCUGGAGAAGAGGAGGUUAAGGGGUGAUAUGAUAGCCAUGUUCAAAUAUAUAAAAGGAUGUCACAUAGAGGAGGGAGAAAGGUUGUUUUCUGCUGCUCCAGAGAAGCGGACACGGAGCAAUGGAUCCAAACUACAAGAAAGAAGAUUCCACCUAAACAUUAGGAAGAACUUCCUGACAGUAAGAGCUGUUCGACAGUGGAAUUUGCUGCCAAGGAGUGUGGUGGAGUCUCCUUCUUUGGAGGUCUUUAAGCAGAGGCUUGACAACCAUAUGUCAGGAGUGCUCUGAUGGUGUUUCCUGCUUGGCAGGGGGUUGGACUCGAUGGCCCUUGUGGUCUCUUCCAACUCUGAUUCUAUGAUUCUAUGACCCUCUCUGUAGCCAGCACAGGCAAAGCAGUUUUACCUGAAAAGCAAGCACCUUUUGUUUCCACUUAGUUUUCAUGCUUUCUCUGUCCUGUUUUUUUGCAUGCCUUCUUGAUGGACUACAACAGAGAAGAAGAAAAUGAUGUGAGUAUAUUCUAAACUAUGUUUCUUUGUGUCUUUUUUUGAAAAAGAAUUAGUAUGAUUCCAUUUGUUACCUAAAAGUUCUCCAAGUGACUUAACUUUUAAAAACAGAAAUACAGUAGUACCUUGGUUCUUGAAUUUAAUCUGUUCUGGGAGUCUGUUCAACUCCCGGUCCCGGAACGGUUUGAAAACCAAGACGCGGCUUCUGAUUGGCUGCAGGAGCUUCCUGCACUCAAGCGAAAGCCGUGUCGGACAUUCGGCUUCUAAAAAGCGUUCACAAACCAGAACACUCACUUCUGGGUUCGCGGCGUUCAGGAGCCAAGCCAUUCAACUACCAAGGUACCAACAUACAGGCAACUCUCAAUUUACACGGGGGUUAUGUGAAAUCGUGUAUAUUUGAAACACACUUGAAAAGGCCUGCAAACACCCUCUAAACCUCUGGAAACCCUUGUAAAACCCUUUUAAAAACCUGCACUUAACCAGACACUAAACUCCAUCACAACUUCCUUGCUCAAACUCCAAUUUUCCACAGGCCUCAAUGGUCAUUGCAAGGAGUCCUGGGAUUGCACUUACAAAGGCCCAAGGGAUUACUAGGUUCUGUUUCCACACCCUUUUGCCCAUUCUGGAGUCUUUUAGGGCCGCUUUUGCCACUUUAAAAGUUACUUUCAGGUUCAGUGUGAUGCUAGUGUGCAUGGUCAGUUGGAGGCACGUCAAUUGGGCGUUGCCUGUACAUUAUACAGUGGAGUGGAGAAUAUAAAACAUUAACAUAUUCAUACAAUACAACUAUAUAUGUGUGUGUCUUUGUGCAUACAUACAAAAACACACACACUAUAAUGGAUACAGCUGAACUUUUUAAAGCUUUUGUUUAGUUUCAUUUUGCUUGAAAGGAAGGAGAAUACAUGGCUGGGACAUCUCAGAUGAGAGGCAUCAUAGUUUUUGUUCCCUUAUUUAGAAUUGCUAAAAAUGCAAAUAAGGUUGGCACCAGGUGGGUCUAAGAGGAUAGGUAUUCCACAGUCAAUCAUAGAAUAAAAAAUUGUAGAGUUGGAAAGGAUCCCAAGGGUAAACUAGUCCAGUUCUAAUCCAAUGUGAAGUUCACACUGCAAUCUCAGAAUACAGCUCAGAAUUUGUGUUCUGUGGCUUCCUGUUUUUUGGUGACGCACCUUGAUUCCACAGCUGCCCCACACCUUGCCGAAAGAAGGGAAAAUGGGGCAGUGCCUGGUGAGGAUGUGGUCAAAAAAUGAGCUACUGGGGUAUUACCUGGGUCCCAAGGAAGCCUUAGCAGCCGGCCAACAUAUGUCAGGUGAUAUUUUUUGAGGUUUAUAAUAAGGCUUCUAGGUAUCUUAAGCUUGUCUACUGGUUUAAGCAACUCAUGACUCUUUAUGUUAGAGGACCCUAAUUACCACCACCCCUAUUUUUUUGCCUUCUGGUCCUUUUUGUAUUUCCCUUUCUUUCCCUUUUUUGCUGUAACGCGAGUACAAUUUUCAAAGCCACGAUUUCACCAGCUUAUUUCUUGUGUUCUAGGGCAAGACGGAAAAUGCGCAGAAACCUGGUUUUGUCAAAGGGACAGUGUUCAAAGGAGUCGCAUCGAGCCGCUUCUUGCCCAAAGGCACCCGGACAAAAGUUAACCUUGAGGAACAAGGCAGACAAAAGGUGUCCUUCAGCUUCAGCCUAACCAAGAAAACUUUGCAGAACAGAUUUCUGACCGGCCUUGGGAAUGACAAGCAAAACGAGGCUCCGAGCUCCCUGGGCACACCUCUUCAAACUGACAUUGCCUCUAAAUUUAAACUGGAUCUUGGGGAUUAUCCGGAUGUCGUGGAGGAAUUUUCACCCCCAAAGCCUAAGGUGGAAUUGGGCAAGAUCCACUUUAAGAAACAUCUGCUGAAUGUUACAACAAAGCCGCCCCCUGCUGCUGCCAUGCCACUGCCACCAGCAACUGUCGGACCAUCAGAAUUUGUGGAAUUGCCACCAUCACCAUCACCGCCGCCACCCCCUCCUCCUCCUCCCCCUCCCCCUCCUCCCCCUCCACAAACACUACCAGCGCCAAAACCAGUACUAACCCCAGAAAUUUUGCCACAACUUCCAGUAGCAGUACAGACAGCAGCCGCGCCUCUGUUGCCAUCGCCUGUAGAAACUGUUGUCCGCAUAGCAAAGGAGCCCUCAGUGAAAGCAGCUCAGGAAACUUUAGAACUGAACAUUAAGCAAAACGCUGUGUUGGAAGGCUCUGAAGAACAGCUAGCUCAGGUUAUUCCUGAAGAAGCAGAACCAGUCCCAGCGAAAGGAGAUUCCCAUAUUGGGAGGGAGGAGGACGUUUCAAGUGCUUCAAAGGGUGCUUCUCAAAGUUCUAAGAAACAAAGUUCCAAGAGGAAGUUGUCUGAUGGAGCAUUGCCAGGUUCCGAAUCUGAUGAAGAUUCCGUGAGGACCUCUUCAAGUCAGAGAUCUCACGAGAUUAAAAUAUCGACAAGCUCAGAGAAGGAAAAAGAUUCGCGGAAGAGCUCUACUUCUGUCAGAACUGAAGAGCAGGUGAAAAGUUCGUCACGGUCUAGAUCUGAAAGGGAUGAAAAAUAUUCUAGUUACUCCUCCAGAUCUGAGAGAGACUCGAGGUAUUCUUCCUCCCGUUCCAGAUCUGAAAGAGAGAGGAGGCGAAGCAGAUCCCGUUCUCGUUCUAGAUCGGAGAGAGGUUCCAGAACCAGUUCUUCCUAUUCCAGAUCUGAACGGUCACAUUACUAUGACUCUGACCGGAGGUACCACAGGAGCUCACCAUACAGAGAGAAGACACGGUAUUCUCGUUCGUACAUGGAUAGCAGGACAAGAGAAAGCUCUGAUUCAGAAGAAGAGUAUCGGAGGACAUACGCCAGGUCUACAGACUCCAGGCGUACAUCCUCUCAUUCCUCAUCUUACAGAGACUCUAGGACCUCUUUUUCUUAUUCAAAGUCAGAGCGGGAUAGCAAGUUGGAAUCCUCUCAUACUGACUCAGAGAGAAAAGGAAAGCCUACAAAAUCAGACAGGGACUCCAAAAGGACUUCAGAAAGUGACGUAUCAAAAAAGUGCUCUCCAGUCAAUGAGCUGCGUCAUCGGGGGGGAACAUCAUCCCACUCUAAAGCAGAGAGCAGUGUAAGUUCUUCCCGACACAAGUCCUCCUCUUCAAAGACAUCUACUCCAAAGUCUGAUAAAUUUAAAAGUUCUUUCUGUUGUACAGAAUCUGAGGAAACCAGAGAGCAGUCUAAUUGUAUAGACUUGGAGGCGUCUUGUGUACAAAGCUGUGAAACGAAAACUGCUAUUGCACAGAAGCCAGAAACAGAAAGGACUGUUUCUCCGUUAAAUCAGUUGAAUGAUUCACCUAUUUUCAAAAAGUUAAAUGAAUCAAAAGAGAUGUCUCCUAUUUCUAAAUCAAAUGUACUUGCAGGAAUUGAUAGCCAUGACAGUAUUAAGGAAGAGGAGUCUGUAAUCAAGGUAAAACAUGAACCGUUAAGAACUUGUUCUCCAGUAGAAUUGAAUAUAAAUGGAUCCCCAGAAGGAAGGCCCAGUGAUAGGGCAUUGUUCCGUGCCCCCAAAAUAGAAGAAAUUGUAACAUCUGAUGAUAGUUUAGACGGAACUGAGCCACCACUUCCAGUCAAUAGUCCAAAUUUGAGUAAGUUACCGUCUAAUGGGUUUCAGUGUGUGUAUCAGUCUAAAGGACACGAUCCGGAUGAUUCUCUUGUCCUCCUGAGUGACCCCAACAGUUUUCUUAAAGAAAAAACGGAAGAGUCAAUUCCCUCUGAAUAUGAUUGUGUACCUUCUUGUAUUGUGAAUGUAAAUAAUUCUAAAAUACAUGCAGAUAAAGCGGAUGAUCUCACAGAUCCUUGUGAUAAAACCAAAGAUCCAGUCUCCUGCUAUCUUUCAGAUGAUGCAGCUCUUUCUUUGUAUUAUUCAGAAGUUGAAAUUGAAGCUGAGCCUUCCAAUACAAUUGUUACUCCAGAAUCUUUUGUGGAUGUUCAGUCAUCUGAAAAGUUUACGUACGCUGAUGUCGAAGAUCAAAAUCCGUCAAAAAUUGCUCUUGAGGAUGAAAAACGUGUUAGAUGUUUCAGCUUAUCAGAGUGCAGCCCAGUCAGAGAUUCUUCUACAGAAGAAUAUAUUGUGGAAGAGAAAUUUGACAAUCAGUGUAUUGCGCAGCAACAACAGGCUUCCGAAAAUGUGUUGUCCCACCCAGAGACAACUCUGGGGGAGGAAAAGAAGGAAGAACUCUUGGAGUGUCCUGAAGUAGCGCUUGAAUUGGAUGUUUCGCAUGUUGAUUCCGUUGUAGAGAAAACAAAAUCGCCUUUUAAAAAUGAGCACUCUUAUUAUUUAGAGAUGCCAACAGAAGACUCUGAGAAAGAGGAGCCAGAUGAUGAGGAAGACUCUGUGGUCCUUGAUGAAAGAACUGUAGUUGCUGACUUGAAGGCCCACGCUCCUGAAAUCCUGGUGGUAAAUGAAAAAAGCGAUGACUCCUUGGGAGGAUCUGCAUUUUCAGACGCUUUGUCCCCAUCUUGCGAUAUUGUUGUGACGGUUGAAGAAACAGAAACUGCUGCCGAAGUGCCCAGAUGUGACAGUAGAGGCAGUACCCCUGAGCUCACUUCCAUCCACCAUGAAGAGUAUUCUGAUACGGCUGAAAGUGUGAGUGAACAGGACAGUGAUGACAGUGACACAGAGGACUCUGAUUCAGAUGAUAGCAGUGUUCCAAAGAACCGCCUUCAGUCAGUUGUGGUCAUUCCAAAGAAUUCUACCAUAACCAUGGAGGAGAGCAGUUCAUGUUCCUCCCGGAACAGCCAAAGUAACAGACGCUAUGUGGAUCACUGGGAAGAUGGCAGGCCAGAGUCCAGCAGGCCAUUCUGUGAAGAAAUGCCGGAUGACGUGGGAUCUAAUAAUGGCUUGCAAAAUGAAAGCAAGUAUCUGCCUUCUAGGGAUGCAGAGGGGAGGCUAGCGAUAUCUACUGAGCUCAACAGAACAGAGAGUGAAGACCUCCGGCCUGGUAUCCCCCAUCCUCAGAGCGAUGGCGUUGACAGUACGAGUCAGUCAGAGCAGGCAACAGGUUUUAUUCACAAGCCAAACCCAGAUGAAAGAUCAAUAUUAACUGAAAGCAUGUCUGUGGCUCGAUCAAUUGAUGUAUCGCAAGAAGGGGAGCUGCAUUAUAUUUCCAAGAACUUUGAAAUGAUUGACAAUAUGUCCAGGCUGCAGACCAGUAUAUCCAAGCCUGACAGCAGGCAGGGGAAGUCUGGUUUUGGCGAGCCCAUGGAAACUGGAGAUUUCUCCAGAGAGGAUGGCUUCCAUUCAGCAGAAGACUUGAGUAGCUUGGGGUGGGAUUUCUCCCAACCAGAGAAACCAAGCAGUACAUACCAGCAGCCUGAUAGCAGCUAUGGCAUCUUCCCAGGUUACGUUUACCCCCCAGCUCCGGGAACAUUUGUUGGGCCUCAUAACUACUGGCAUGACAAUGGCUAUUGGGAUCCAAGGUUGACCAAUAGACCCUCUGAGAUUAGCUACGAGCAAAUGCAAGGGCAGGUUCCCGAUUCGCUUACAGAAGACCAUGAAGAGUAUGAAGAAGUUGACCGCUGGGUUGACGAAAGCCACGCCUUCUUCCCCAACCAGUCGGUGAAGUUCCAGUCACGUGACCCUAGAGAGAAGGGUUCGGUGCAGGCCCACGAGAUAAGCAGCAACUCCACUAAAGAACCAAUGGCCCCAAGUGAGAGGAAAGAGCAGGCAAAUAAGGUUUUGGAUAAGAAUGACAUGAAAGAGCGGGGACCGUUGAAGAAAAGGAGGACGGAUUUAGAGAGUGACUCAGAGAGCGAUGCCGACUACCGGGAAAGGAAGAAGGUCAAGACAGAGGGAGAGCGGUUGCCAUCAAUACUUCAGGACUCUUCAAUGGUUCGUCCGCUGUGUUUCAUGGAAGACUUCAGGGACUCGCAGCGUUGGAAAGAGUUUGCCAAGCAAGGGAAAAUGCCCUGUUACUUCGACCUCAUUGAAGAAAAUGUGUAUUUGACGGAAAGGUAAUAGGCCUCUUACUUUUAUGCUAACAUGGGAAUAGCGUGCCAUAAAUGUAAUGUGAAAAUUGUUUGCCCAGGGUAGUAUAAUACAGUCAAACCUCCGUUUACGUAACCCUCUUGUUUUUACUGGGUUUCGCAGCAUGCACAGAAGCGGUCCUCAGGUUGCGGAAACCUCGGGAUCUGACCGGACCUCUGGAACAGAUCCCGUCUGCAACCGGAGGUACCACUGUAGUGUGCAGUAAGAAUAUUAGAAUAGGGGGAAAUGACGUUGUGGUUCAUAGUAGUAUAUCAGGCUGGUACAGAGUGCCAGUUGGGGUUGAAAGAGCCCCUUCCAAAACAAGUAUUGGUCCUUUUACAUACUCCUUAUGUUGUAUUAGGUAGUUUUAUAUUCAGUGUGCUGUUCAGUAGGAGUGAGUAAUAAUUCCAUAUUAACGCAAGCAAACGUUAAGGCUACUGUAAAAAUCUCAAGCGUUACAAUCUUGGAAGCACCUGCUUAGUUUAUAAGCCUUUUGAAGGCAUCCAGAAACAUUUUAAAGUUUUGUUCCCACCAAAAAAAAGAGUUGGAAACCUACUUGGUUGAAUUAGCUCCCCAAUCCUGAAAUUGUGAAUUUCUUCAACAUGCAAAAAAUUCAUGCUAUUGGCUGAUGUGUGAAUCCCACUGCAGUUUUGACUUGGGUUUGUGUCAAAUCAGUGGGAAUUCUCAAAACAUCUGUAUUACCUCAAGGCAUUUUGAAGUACCACGUGUUAAAAUUUAAAAGCCUGCUGUACUUUUAUUUUGGAUAAAUUCUUCAGUCCUAGCUGGUAUUAUGCGGUCAGUUUUAAAGUUUGUUUUCUGGAAUGCUGCAUAGGAAAAAGAAUAAAUCUCACCGUGACAUCAAGCGGAUGCUGUGUGAAUGUCCCACACUUUCAAAAGAUGAGCGAGCUCAAGGAGAGGUGGCGUGUGGAGAAGACUGUCUUAAUCGUCUACUCAUGAUAGAAUGGUAAGUGUCCUUUUGAAGGUUAGUCUGCUGCUGUCAUCACACGCCCACAUCAUGACACACAGCACAAGGAAAAGAGGUUUUGAUGUAAAACGCAAUAAUCUUUCUGGUUGUUGAAAACAGCAGGCACAACGCACUUCUCUUGUGCGUUCUUGUUGAUUACGGUCAAGUGAAUCUGCUUCUUGAAGUGUUGUAGAAGCGUCUGCUUUGGAGGAAAUGUAAGACUGGUUUGGAUUGCCUUGCUGCUUGUAAAGCUUAUAUUCUUUGUAAGCAGCUUUGAGCAUAAUGAAAAGGUGUAUUAUAAAUGUUGAGAUCAUGUUUUCCUCUUUCUGAAAAUCUGUGAUAAAUUCCAAAUAGAUAUGGGGGGGGGGGGGAGAGAACAUACCUUAAAAUGUAACCCUCUAUCAGUGUUGUUGUUGUUGUUUAGUCGUGUCCGACUCUUCGUGACCCCCUGGACCAGAGCACACCAGGCACUCCUGUCUUCCACUGCCUCCCGCAGUUUGGUCAGACUCAUGCUGGUAGCUUCGAGAACACUGUCCAACCAUCUCGUCCUCUGUCGUCCCCUUCUCCUUGCGCCCUCCAUCUUUCUCAACAUCAGGGUCUUUUCCAGGGAGUCUUCUCUUCUCAUGAGGUGGCCAAAGUCCUGGAGCCUCAGCUUCAGGAUCUGUCCUUCCGGUGAGCACUCAGGGCUGAUUUCCUUCAGAAUGGAGAGGUUUGAUCUUCUUGCAGUCCAUGGGACUCUCCAGAGUCUCCUCCAGCACCAGAAUUCAAAAGCAUCAAUUCUUUGGCGAUCAGCCUUCUUUAUGGUCCAGCUCUCACUUCCGUACAUCACUACUGGGAAAACCAUAGCUUUAACUAUAUGGACCUUUGUUGGCAAGGUGAUGUCUCUGCUUUUUAAGAUGCUGUGUAGGUUUGUCAUUGCUUUUCUCCCAAGAAGCAGGUGUCUUUUAAUUUCGUGACUGCUGUCACCAUCUGCAGUGAUCAUGGAGCCCAAGAAAGUAAAAUCUCUAUCAAAUACACUGCUUCCCAGUGAUACAUUUUCCAUACUUCAGAUAAAAAGUGCCUAUAGUAGUCUUCUGUCAUCAUUCAAACAGAAACACUCAAAUUUAUUUGGCACCAAGUUUCUGGUACUAGUGUACUGUACUGGAGUUUUUUAAAGUCAGGAUGGAGGGAAAUAUCAGGGUUAAAAGUACGUACAGAGUGAUAGUUGCAUUCUUUUCCUUUUGUUGGAGGAUUCUGGAAUUCAGUUUAGUUCAACCGGCAAAGGGAAGCUGUAUCAAAUGCCUCUUUAAAACUUGCUAUUUGGGCAAAACCUCUCUGUCAACCUCUCUUAAGUCUGACUGGGAUGAUAAACCCGUGUCUGGGCUUUACCAUUUCAUACCGCGGGUGGGAAUGGGAAUCACCCAUGGUGGAAUACUCUGCUUUAUAAACCAGGUCCGCCUACCUCCCCAUCUGGUGCCUUCCAGAUGUUUUGGACUAUAUAACUCUUAACUCCCAUCAGACCUGACUAUUAGUCAUGCUGGAUGCAGCUGAUGGGCAUUCCAGUGCAAUAUCAUGUGGAGGUCAUCAGGUUGGCGGAAAACUCAUUAAAUGUCAGGGAGCAGGUUUCUAAACCGCUUUCUCUUUGCGUGCAAGUGUUUCAUGUGCACGGAUUCUUUUAUCUUUUUGUAACAGAGGACUAUUCUAUUAUUUAAGCUUUCAUCUCAAGUGAAGAACUUCAGGGAGUUCUCACCUGAGGGAGAACCAUGCCCAUGGUCUCCUAGGCAUUUUGGUGUGAAGUUUCUAUCUGGAUAUAGGAGAGGAGAUAUUACUAGAGCAGUAGUUCUAGUAGACCUGGGACUCACCUUUUCCCCCAGUCUGACUCAUUUUCCCCAACAGUUCUGUCUUUAUUUCCUUUCCUUUUUUUUUCUUCCUCUUUGUCAGUUCUCUCUAUUUUUCACCUUUUCUCAAAAAAAUUAACGUAUCAGACAAGAAGACCCUUGUGUGACCCCCACCUUAGGUCCAUGUGGGUCUUGACCAAUGUACUAGAUUUCCUUGGAUCCUCAUGGUUCUUUAUAGCAAAACUUUUGGGCCUUCGUGUCAUGUGAUAGAUGUUAGAUUUGAAUGUGAUAAAUACUGGUAUGUUAUAUGUGAUGUUCUUACAUUGGCUUAACAGGCGCAUUAAGACUUCUAAAAUAGUUUGCAUGCUGAAUAGGUACAAAUGUUAAUGAUUCUUUUUAAAAUGCCGGAAUGUUCAUUAAUCUGAGAGUACGAUUACAUCAUGGUAAAGGUAAAGGACCCCUGACCAUUAGGUCCAGUCGUGACCGACUCUGGGGUUGUGGCGCUCAUCUCGCUUUAUUGGCCGAGGGAGCCGGCGUACAGCUUCCAAGUCAUGUGGUCAGCAUGACUAAGCUGCUUCCGGUGAACCAGAGCAGCGCACGGAAACUACGUUUACCUUCCCUCCAGAGCAGUACCUAUUUAUCUACUUGCACUUUGACGUGCUUUCAAACUGCUAGGUGGGCAGGAGCAGGGACCGAGCAAUGGGAGCUCACCCCGUCGCGGGGAUUCGAACCGCCGACCUUCUGAUCGGCAAGUCCUAGGCUCUGUGGUUUAACCCACAGCGCCACCCGUGUCCCUUACAUCAUGGUACCUAAGUUCAAAACCUGAGACUUGUAGGAUUUGUUGUGCUUCUUUAGAGAAACAUGUGUGUGAUUUAGAGAGUGUCCGCUAGAAGCGGGCCAGUGAAUAUCCACAUGGUUACUAACGCAUACAUAAUUUUUCCUUCUGCUUAGUUCCUCAAGGUGCCCCAAUGGGGACUACUGCUCCAACCGGCGGUUUCAGAGGAAGCAGCAUGCAGAUGUUGAAGUCAUUCUGACAGAGAAGAAAGGCUGGGGGUUGAGAGCAGCAAAAGACCUACCCUCGUAAGACUUCCCUCGUUUUAAAGGAUCUCCCUCUUAGCAGUUUUCCCCUCUUGGGCACGGCAGCAGGGAAGGUUUCGUUCUGGGCAGCAGAGGGAUUUUGCAGAGGAAGGCUGUUCCCACUCCCUUGCCUUUGGAUUAGCUAUAAGCAUCAUAUGGGUCAGCACUUUUCCAUGUACAGUGGUACCUCUGGUUACAUAUUUAAUUCGUUCCGGAGGUCUGUUCUUAACCUGAAACUGUUCUUAACCUGAAGCACCACUUUAGCUAAUGGGGCCUCCCGCUGCUGCCGUUCCGCCACCGCGCGAUUUCUGUUCUCAUCCUGAAGCAAAGUUCUUAACCCGAGGUACUAUUUCUGGGUUAGCGGAGUCUGUAACCUGAAGCGUAUGUAACCCGAGGUACCACUGUACCAGUGAAUGAAUGCACUGUUAGGAUGUGCUCUGCACAUGGACCAGUUGGAUGUCCAGGACCAUAGUGUGUGUGUGUGUGUGCGCGCGCACACACACACACACCCCUUUUGGGAAGGAGAAGGCUGGUCAUAGGCCAAAGGCCAGCAGGAUCAAAGCAGAACACCUUUAUACUCCUCCCCAGGAGAAGGCAGGGCAGUAAUAAUAAAUAAUAAUAAUAAUAAUAAUAAUAAUAAUAAUUUUUUAUUUAUACCCGGCCAAAGACUGGCUCAGGGCAGCUAACACCAGUAAAAUUAAAAUAAAAACAUAAUGGGGGGGGGGGGACAAUUUAAAAUACAGGUUACAAAUACAAUUUAAAAUGCAGCCUCAUUUUAAUAAUAGCCCAUAGAUCAAAACCAUAAGGGGAGGGAACCAUAAGGGUCCGACUGAGUCCAAACCAAAGGCCAGGCGGAACAGCUCUGUCUUGCAGGCCCUGCAGAAAGAUGUCAAGUCCCGCAGGGCCCUGGUCUCUUGUGACAGAGCGUUCCACCAAGUCGGGGCCAGUACUGAAAAGGCCCUGGCCCUCGUUGAGCCCAGUCUAACCACCUUGCGACUUGGGACCUCCAAAGUGUUGUCAUUUGUGGACCUUAAGGUCCUCCGCGGGGCAUACCGGGAGAGGCGGCCCCGUAGGUACGAGGGUCCUAGGCCGCGUAGAGGAGAAACAGGGUGAUGCCACGUUAUAGGCGUGUUACACUCUGUCUUGUAUUCAGUCCAAAUUAGGCUGAUGUGUGGGUAGAGCCUGGAGCUUAUUAACAGGACUCAGAAGCUGCAGGUGAGAGCCAUGAUGUAUACUUCUUGCAAAUGCCAUCUUUUUUAUUGAACACAUGGGAACUGUUUUACCACCAGGCUGUUGGUCCAUCUAAGCCAGUACUGUUUAUUCUGACUAAUAAGUUAAGUGAACCCCUGUUUUAAAAUUAACACACAACUAUGCCCAGCAUUGUUCAACCUCCCUGGCUUUGGUUCAAUCAUGGUUCUCUUUCUAAUUAGUGUCUAGUCAUUUCUCAACAGUAUUUAUAUACUGUUUUUCAGAUCUAAUCUCCAAAAUGCUUAAUAAAAAGAAAUAAUACAAUUACAGAAUACAAGGCAAAAUUUGAUUCCCCCCCCCCCCCCGUGAAGCAUGCCUGGUUGAUGGCAGAUCAUUGGAAAACAACCUCAAAUGCUUAGCAAAAGAGAGGGUUUCUUGGCCACUUUCUGAAAGUUCACAUUGUUGAAGUAAGCACCAGGAAGUCCCCGCUCCUAGUGGGUACCAAUCUAGCACCACUAAGAGGUGGAGCUCUGAGCAGGACCUUUCUAGCAGAGCACAGAGCUCAGGAGGUUAGUUUCCUAUUGGGAGGAAGGCAGUCCCUAAGAUAUUCCAGACUCAGAUUGUUUAAGGUAUUAUAGGUCCAAGCCAGGUUGCUGCUAUGUCUUAGGCUUUUUUCUUUCUUUCUUGGGCCUACUUAGCAACACUUUUGUACUGGAAUACUGUGGUGAAGUGCUCGAUCACAAAGAGUUCAAAACCCGAGUGAAGGAGUAUGCCCGAAGCAAGAAUAUCCAUUAUUACUUCAUGGCAUUGAAAAACGAUGAGGUGAGUUACAAAUCUUUUUCAGUGUUUAGGCUGUGCAUUGUCCGAAUACUUUAAGAGUUCACUGUGCAUGCGUGAACCCAUUGUUCGUUUCCCUCUCUCGCCUACUGCUGUACUUUGUGUGCUGUAAAGAAAGCCCCACAACUUCUACAGAGGGGCUUGUUAUCCUUUCAAGUUGCAGGCUACUGCUAAUACGAGUAAAUUCUAACAUAAGUUGAAUUAGUUCUUUAUAAGGAUACCAUCAUUUUCUCCAUCAGCGUGGCCUAACAACACUUGAAGCAGACAGAAUUCCAGUUGAAACCCUGUAGAAAGUCUUUGAAUAUGGGCCAGGCUCCAUUUUUUUAAUGAAGAGAUACAAACAAAUGUUUUCCUUUUCAGAUAAUAGAUGCCACCCAGAAAGGAAACUGCUCUCGUUUUAUGAACCACAGCUGCGAGCCAAACUGUGAGACGCAGAAAGUGAGUCGCAGGAAGAAACUGAUGCAAUUUUUAUACUUGAUUUUGGCCUAAAUGAGGGUUUAUGUUACAGCUCCUUUACAUGGAAGUGACCGUAAGGCAUAUGGGUAGCCAGCACAGUGAGCGACACGUUUUAAAAGGCUUUUACCCCUCUUCACUUGCUGGACUUUGAUGUGCGGGGUAAGAGCAUUUUAAAAUACAUGCUCAUCUUGUGAAAUGUCAGCAGAGAUAAACACUUUUGGCAGCGUUCUUGUGCGGGGAGCGUCGCCUCUAUGAUUUUAUAUAAAUCUAUAUAAUUUUAUAAUUUAUAAAUUAGAACUUCAGAUAACAUAAAACCAAACAGAUCAACAUGAAUCGUGUUAACCAGUUACCAUAAAGCAAUUUUAUACACAAAAAACAAACCUUUUAAAACAAUUCAAAAUCCGUGUAUGAUACCACAGGGAAAACAUACAACUAGCAACAAGUCAUGUUGCUUCACUUCAUCUAAAAGCCUGAGUAAGAAAGAUGCAUCUUUAAAACUGGUGCCAGAAAUAAAGUUGUUCAAACUGUGUGUCAAUAGUAGUAUCUUGAAUUCAGCUCUGAAAUGUAUAAGCAACCAAUACAAGUUACUCUGGAGUUGUGUUAUGUGGUCUCAACUAGCUGUGCCACUCAACAAUCUGACAGUCACUUUCAGGACUAGUGGCAUUUUUUAGACAGUCUUCAGGGUAGCCCCACUUAGAAUGCAUUACAGUAUUCAAUUCUAAAGCUUAGGUAUGGCAUUCACAUACGCUGUAUUCCUGAUAUUAUUUUGCUUUUGAUGAUUUUAAACAUGUUUGCAAAUAUUAAACACUGGCAAUAAAAUUUUAUAAAAAUAACUAGGUCAGUUAAGGCACGCUGAUAAAUUUCCAAAGUUGAGCCCUGGCAAUCAACAAAUUGUCCAUGUCUUGCCAUUUCCAUACAGAUUUUAACACGGUUCCUAUUUCCCCCCCUUAAUUUUUCAGGCAUGUGCAUUUUGCGUGUGCCAUUGGCUGAACUGCUGUGAGGUCACUGCAUUCACAAACAUUUUUAUUGCCCAGGGCGGGAAGCUGUCAGCAUUCAGAUGUUUGCAAACAACAGCUCUUUUGUACACAGGCUUGGGAGAGUAGGGGGAGCUGGAAUUCUGUGUAAGAAGUAUUGCCUCUUCCAAGGAACAAGUUGCCCAAAGGCUCAGUGGCUGAGUCAGCCAGGGAAGACGGGUGGAGGAGAUCCCAAGUGCGGAAAGGCUUUGAUGAGAAACGUCGCCUAGGAGCAGAAGCAGAUUAAUGCUGUGACACGGGCAGGCAAAAGAUCUUUGAAAGAUGGGCCCAGUGAGGGCCAGGAAAGAGCAAAGAGGCAGUUGUGCACAUGUGUAGAAUUUAUUAUUUCAAAGCGCACAGAGUUGAAGUAGCAGGCAGUAUAAGAAUACUGAAAUUGGCUUUGGGGGUCACGUGGCCUGCCAGGUGCGUGAAAGACAACAUCACCUGGCCAGAGGCAUGUCUGAGUCCAAUUCAGGCGCUUGUCUUGGCAUAUAAACAAAUAUCCUGAGGGCGAAUGGAGGGGGGUUACACCACCAAGCUCUGCCUCCUCUGGCCCGUCGUAGGCCAGUAUAAAUUAAGCAGCACAUAAGUGGCACACAAAACACUACCAAACCAUUCUACGUACCAAAUCUUAUAUUAAUAAUCCAAAAAUUGAGAGAGCUAUAUGAAGUUGAAUGUAUGUAAACACACCAAGAUCCUGAGGGAGAAUUUCCUGAAGAAAGAAAUUAAAUAUUGUAACUUAAUCUAAGAAGAAAUGUAACAUAUGGACAUAAAUGUUUAUAACUAUAUCAAAACUGUGAGAGAGAUUUUACUGAAGAAGCCCAAGACUCUUCAUGGGCGAAACAGGUGACAAACGCCGGCACCCUGACUAACUCUUGUGCGUAACAUCACCGACACUUCGUUUGAUCAAACUUACCUCUGUUGAUAUCUACAGGAGGCUGGCUAAAGGAACCUUUAAAGACUGAAUCUUCCUUUUGGGCACAAUUUGAAUGAGUUUUCUGUUUGUGGCUUGUAGUAGAUCUUGUACAUAGCUCUCUCAAUUUUUGGAUUAUUAAUAUAAGAUUUAGUACGUAGAAUGGUUUGGUAGUGUUUUGUGUGCCGCUUAUGUGCUGCUUACUUUAUACUGGGGUACUACGGGAAUUGGGACGCGGGUGGCGCUGUGGGUUAAACCACAGAGCCUAGGACUUGCCGAUCAGAAGGUUGGCGGUUCGAAUCCCCACGACGGGGUGAGCUCCUGUUGCUCGGUCCUGGCUCCUGCCAACCUAGCAGUUUGAAAGCACACAGUGCAAGUAGAUAAAUAAGUACCGCUCCGGCAGGAAGGUAAACGGCGUUUCUGUGCGCUGCUCUGAUUCGCCAGAAGCGGCUUUUUCAUGCUGGCCACAUGACCCGGAAGCUGUACCCCGGCUCCCUCGGCCAGUAAAGCGGGAUGAGCACCGCAACCCCAGAGUUGGCCACGACUGGACCUGAUGGUCAGGGGUCCCUUUACCUUACUACAAGAAUUGGCAGCAUAGGUUCAUUUCCUCUGGCCCGUCCGCUUUCUUGUGUCAAGCCUCCAUGAGUUUACCGGUGUCUGUGUGGAACAGAGAGACCUCUCUACUUACAGAGGAUCCCCGCACAAUUUAGGACACCCGCCCCCCCAGGUUUUAGAUGAUGAGACAAAGCAGAGCACGGCCGUUUAAAAGCUGUGCAAGUGGUUUUUAAUACCGAAAGGAACUAAGGCCGUUUCUUAACACCAUCCAUUUCUGAAGGGGGACAAAACGAGCUUGCGUCAGCAUACCUAAUGUAAGCGGAGUGCUGUGAACUCCCAAGCAUUGCAGUUAAAACGAAGUUGGGCGUGAAUUAUGUUUUCAAAUGGAUUCUCUUGGCAUAGAGAUUUGUGCGUUUGCUGAGUUCUCCAGAGAUACAGAGCCUUUUCUAGAAUAGAUGCCCUUUAAAAAAAAACAACAGCAAGAGCCCACAGUCCAUGGAUAUACAUAUUGUUCUAAUCAUCUUUAUUCUCUCCCCGCCCCCCCACUUUAGUGGACAGUGAAUGGACAGCUGCGGGUUGGCUUCUUCACCACAAAACUUGUUCCGUCAGGCUCAGAGCUAACCUUUGACUACCAGUUCCAGAGAUAUGGGUAGGUCUCGACCUGACUUACUUGCUUUGUUGUUUAUAAAUGACUAUUCUUGAACAGAAGCCAAUAAAGUGAUCUUGUGCACAGUCAAACGUAGGUCAUAUUUUCUGAACUAUGGAGGUCAGGUGCUCAUUAGCUGAUUCAUUCGUGUUUCCGCUGCUCUUGUUCUCACUUGGUUUGGAAGAGAUAAUGUGUUGGUGGUUUUUUUCAUUAUUAUUUUCCGCCUGGCUACAGGUGGAUGACGAGAAUGAAGUUAAAAACAACAGUGCAUUUUCUAAAAGAGUGCAUAUCCCUAAUCAUAACCUAAUUGUGCUGUUGUACCACAGUAGAAUAGUCUCUCCUAGUGGAUGCUCCCCAAAAGAGAAUCAGUUACUUUUCUCUAAAAGAAAAAUUAAAAAACCAGAGCAGAGGAAAACUUUGGGAUUUUCCAACUGAUUUUGGUGGGAGAGGAGGAACCAAAGUUGUUUGAACAAUACAUAAGUUGUUUGUCAUUUAUGUGUUGAAUUUUUAACUUUAUUUGUUGUUGUAAGCUGCCCUGAGAAUAUUUUGUUAUUGCAAGCUGUAACUAAAGUACUCUCUUCAUGUGUGAGCUAUCAUAGGCUCAGUUUUCAAGUUAGUUAAAAUCUGCUUACCCUUGAACCCUGUUUUACUGGAAUAAUUUUGUGCCGUAAUUUUGUAAAUCCUUUAAAACCUGAGUGGUGCUUGUUGGAGACGUCAGAUUUGGCAGUAUGCUUGGGAUAUGUUUUUUUGGUUGUCCUGUUGCAUAAAUGACUAGCAUGCUGUAUAGACCGAACCACGCAUGAGAUCAGCAAAGGAAAAUUAACAAAUAAGAAAAAUAGGUGAUGGUGUGAAAGGAAAUAGUGGUGGGAGUUCAACUCGAGGUCAGGUUUUGAACUUCUGGCAAUGCCAGUGACAAUAAUUAUCCAUUCUUCUGCGGCAUGUGUGUGGGCAGCCUGUGGUUAUUUCAAUAGAAUUCAUGGGCUGGAUUUGAAAGCAUUGUGCUUAGCUUUCUUUUUAUUUUUUAAAGAAUUUAUCAUAGUACAAUCCCAUCUAGAGCAGGUAAUAAAACUAUCUUCCAUACCAGGAAUACCCACAAAGCCUCCUCCUUGGCAGGAUUCAGCUUCAGUUUAUUGGUGUGGCCUCACCUUGAUUCAGUUGUUACAGGGAAAAACAGGGUGUUGCUGACACCUUGCUCCUAAUCCCCCCAUGGCCACACUCAGCAGCUUUAUGUAGAUAUUAAACCAGACGGUGGACCCAAUGGCAUCGACAUUACACUUUCCAGGGGCUAACAGGCAGUCACUUUCUGAAACCAACCUCUUAGAUGGGAGCAGAACUACUGCAGCUCCAGGAAGAUCCCAUUGAUCAUUCCUGGCCAUUGGCCAAUGAUCGCAAGCGCUGAUGGGAGUUGUAGUUCAGCAACAACUUGAAGAUCCCUAAUUCCCUACCUCUGGUUAACGGUAUCAAAAGCCUCUCAGAGAGCUUUUAUCUUUAAUUAGGUGGCGCUGUGGUCUAAACCACUGAGCCUCUUGGGUUUGCCGAUCAGAAGGUUGGCGGUUCGAAUCCCAGCGACAGGGUGAGCUCCCGUUGCUCCGUCCCAGCUCCUGCCAACCUAGCAGUUUGAAAGCACGUCAGAGUGCAAGUAGAUAAAUAGGUACCGCUCCGGCGGCAGGGUAAACAGCGUUUCCGUGCGCUGCUCUGGUUUGCCAGAAGCGGCUUAGUCAUGCUGGCCAUAUAACCCGGAAGCUGUACGCUGGCUCCCUCGGCCAAUAAAGCGAGAUGAGCGCCGCAACCCAGAGACGUUCACGACUGGACUUAACUGUCAGUGGUCCCUUUACCCUUUACCUUAAGACCUGAAUAGGAAAGAUGAACAUUGUAAGAAAAAGCAGUUAAGCAUUCUCUUUUCUAAGAAGCUGAUCAAAGCCCAGGAUUCUUCCAGGAGCACUAUAAAGCCCUUUCUACGUACUUUUGGGUUUUAGCUAGUAAUGGGUGCUCUGGUUUUUAACAAAUGCUGGCUUUUGCCUUCAAGGAGGCCAUGGAAUAGGACAAUCAAUGAGCUGAACUCUAUAACAGUGGAAUUUUCAAGCACUUCAUUUUCAUACUAUGUGUUUCUUUCCAAAACAGCAAAGAGGCACAGAAGUGUUUCUGUGGCUCUGCCAACUGCCGGGGUUACCUUGGGGGAGAAAACCGGGUCAGCAUUAGAGCCGCAGGAGGCAAAAUGAAGAAGGAGCGGUCUCGUAAAAAGGAUUCGGUAAGUGGGGUGGGGAAGGAGAAGCUUCAUUCUUGUUUUCUUCUGCAGUGGGACUUACAUGUGUACCACUGGGGUCGAGAGGUUUUGAAAACCAGCAUCUGAUUUUCAUAUUCUUUCCUGUGACUUCUUCAAAGAGCAGAACUGGGUGCAUGAUCCUCUGCUGGGUUCAGACAGUCAGAUGCUCCAAACCUACAAAACCACGUAGCUGUUACUGUCAUUCAAAGUGACUUGGGCCCACAAAAGCGCCAUAGCAUCCUGCACAAAGCAAGUGGGACAGAUCUGUCCAGUAGCGUUGGCCAUUAGCUACGAUCCCUUUACUGGGGUGUGGCUUUGCAGUCUGGUUUUGGCUCCACCAUCUCUGGACUUGCCAGCACUCUUCCCCAGUUACCUAAUUUUCAGUAAAGUUGUUUCCCCCCCCCCCAAUGGCCAGCGCCACUUCACAUCAGAAACACCCGACUCUUUGCAUCAUCCGGUAGCUUCCCAUGCCAAAGCUACACCUCCAUUGCAGACGUGGAAAACAGCCACAUGAUUCAGGCGACUUGUGUGAUGUGGAACAUUUAUUAGACUAUGGCUGCAGCAGGAGAGUGUCAGGCAUGCUCCAAAUGUAAUGUGCAAAUUCUGGCUUGUUUGUACUUUGCUGGAAUAAUCAUUCACCCAAAUUCAAAUUUUUAGCAUGUUUGUACUGGUGUUAAAUUAGUGGCUUUUGCUGGAAUUGCAGAAUUAAUCAGGUUGGAAAAGACUCAGACCACUGUCUUGAAACUGAACCCCCCCCCCAUGCAAAAUAGUCUGAACAAAUUUGGCCUUGUAAGGGAAAGGGUAUGUUUUUAUCAUUUGGAUGCAAAGAGCAAGCAGGAUCAAGGUCAACUGCACUGGAGCUCCCUGUAGAAUAAGGAAGUUUCUUCCUGCUUAGGGUGCAUUUGAUCUCUCCGCAACUUGUAACUCCAGCACUCUGGAAAUCCAGUGUGACCUAUUCCAAACCUUUCCCACUAGUAAAUAAACUCUCCUUCCGAUUAAAUGCCAAUUUGCAAAGGGUUGGGGGAGGGAAGUGCACUUGUACUUUGUACAACUUUUCUUUUGGUUUUGGUAGGUGGAUGGAGAAUUAGAGGCACUCCUGGAAAACGGAGAAGGACUUUCAGAUAAAAAUCAAGUUCUCAGCUUGUCUCGGCUGAUGGUGCGAAUCGAGACUCUGGAGCAAAAGCUCACCUGUCUCAAACUUAUACAGGUGAUUAUUCCUUCUUUUAUUUGACCUGGAAGUGGUUGGCAAAUAAGUUAAAUAAAUUCUAAUUUAAUAUUUCACUUUUAAUGGUGGGGCUGAGAAGUUUUGAGGGAUUGAAGUAGCCUUGCUUGGGGGAGGGGGCACAUUUGCAACGUCAUGAUAUUUUAUCUGUCAUUGAACCUACAGAUGGGAUUCUGCUUAUGGCAGGGUUACAUGCCCCCUCACCUUUUUGACUUCUAUUCACCGUUUUAUGUAGUUCAUCAUCAAAUUUAAUCUCUCUCUUUGUUAGUAUUAGGACUAUCACAUUUUUCAUUGCUUCUGUUCUCUGCCCUACAGAGAACCUGUAUGUUCCCCUUAGUGCAGGAGCUAGAUCUGAAGAGUUCUCUUGUUUCUCUGUUUUCAAAGGAGGAACAGCCCUGUUCCUUUGUUCCUUUAGUCAUGGUGCAAUCAGAAACCUGUUGUUGAUCCCAGCACAAUCUAACCAAAUUGUGUCUGCAUAAGACCUCCUGCCCUCCCAUCUUGUUACAAAUUGCAGAGUUUGGGCUUUUCCGUCACAAACAUCUCCACUCACCUGCACGGAUGUGGGCUGCAGGUUAGCCACCCCGGUCAUCUAUUCAGCUUUGCUGAAUAGAGUGGAAAUGCAAUUAGAACUUAAAAUGUACGCGCAAUGAGCACAGUCACCUUUUGCAGCUAGCAGUGAUUGACAAUAGAAAACCCUUGGAAUUGCUGGGUAAAAUAACACCUUCAGUGGGAAAGGAAACAAUGGUCUCUAUUCAGACUGAAAUGAAUAGAAUUAGAUUUUUGGGUGCAUUGCCGUUCAGCAGUUUCAGAUUGGAGCCUCCCUUUGAAAUUGCUUUUUACAGUUGCCUGAGGGAGUAAGUUUCCCAGAGCUACACAAUGAGGCCUCCCAGAUCUAAGUUACGGAACCUAUAUCGGAAUAAUUCUUAGCUCUUCAGACCAUGGACAUGUUUGUUGCUUGGUGUGAAGCAGUUCUGCCCGAUGAUGGUGGAUUUUUGACUUUAGCAUGAGACAUCAGAGGCUGGCUGAUGAAUUGGGCCAGUGGCCAUUCUAGUCCAUCAUCCUGUUCUCACAGUGGCCAGCCAGAUGACCAUUAUCAGGAGCUUGCAAGCCAUACUGCGUGCAGCAUCAUAGCUGUCAAGCGUCCCUUAUUUGGCGGGACAGUCCCUUACCCAGCGCUGUGUCCCGCUGCUGUCCCUUAUUGAUGAUGUCCCUUAAAUUCCCCGGGUUUCAAAGGAAGCAGCUCCUCUCCCUCCCUCCCUCCCUGCCAGUCAGGGAGGAAGGAGGCUCCAACUGUGUUGCUUGGCUGCGUUGCUCACCCAAUAAGGAGUCUAAGAACGACUGGGGGGUGGAGCUUGCAUGCCUUGUGCCUUUGCUCAGCGCUUCCCAGCGGAGAGGUGACGGUGGUUUUCCUUGCUGCUUCCCCUUUGCUGGGUUGCUGCGCUGUGGGAACCACCGCUUGAGGUUUCGUUUGGCUGCUGGCUGGGCUUUCUGCCUUUGGCUCGGAGGGGCUCAGAAGUCGAACAUACCUGUGCUCUGAAAAUCCCUUAUUUUGGCUGCUGAUCCCUUCUUUUCAAAUCUGUAAGUUGACAGCUAUUUGCAGCACCCUUCUGUUAGCUCCAUCCUUGCCAAGAGUGUGUGUGUGUUCUUUUUUUCUUUUGCUUUGUUGAGUAGUUGUCUGCUUUAGUUUUGCUGGUUUGCAGCGACUGUGAAAACGUGGCUGUGUGGUCUCUUGGUCAUUCUCUCUCCCUGCCCCCCUUCUUUCUCUUCACAGAAUACUCACUCCCAGGCCUGCCUGAAGACGUUCUUAGAAUGUCAUGGAUUGUCCCUUCUCUGGAUUUGGAUGGCAGAGCUUGGUGAUGGCAGGGGAAACAUAGCCAACAACUUGAAACUCCAGAUAGAGGUCAGUGGCUGCCCUGGGAUUUCUGUGUUGCUGCGUUUUCAAAAAUAGCUUCGCCAGAGUUAAGUCAGGCUUCUAACUUUAGUUCCUUGUCGUUAGUUUCUUUAUGGCUUCUCCCAUUCAAGCCAAUUUGUGAGGAAAUCAUUCGCCGUUCUAAGAAUCUUGUGGUCAGUGUGGCGUAGAGAUUCAGAAGCUAUUUUCCAUUCUCAGUGCUGCUUCUGGCUAAUUAUUCCCAACAUCUGUGACCCUUCCUAUUGCUCUCUACUGUACCACUCGCUAGCAAAACAAUUGGGGGGGGGGAUAAAACUGGAUGCUAUAUAGAAUGUGCAGGUAAACUAUGAUUAUAGCUCCCAGUGCAGAGGUGUAUUUCCACAGUUCCACAGAGCCUGAAUUUUUGAAUGCACAUCUGUGGUUGUGCUUUUAUUUGGAAGAGACUCAAGCAAUUGCUGUAGUGUGUAUCUGGCAUGUAAAAAAGAUAAAGGUAAAGGGACCCCUGACCAUUAGGUCCAGUCGUGACCAACUAUGGGGUUGCGGCGCUCAUCUCGCUUUAUUGGCCAAGGGAGCCAGCGUACAGCUUCCGGGUCAUGUGGCCAGCAGGACUAAGCCGCUUUUGGCGAACCAGAGCAGCGCACGGAAAUGCCGUUUACCUUCCUGCCGGAGCGGUACCUAUUUAUCUACUUGCACUUUGACGUGCUUUCAAACUGCCAGGUUGGCAGGAGCAGGGACCGAGCAACGGGAGCUCACCCCGUUGCAGGGAUUCGAACCACCGACCUUCCGAUCAGCAAGUCCAAGCGGCACAGUGGUUUAACCCACAGCGCCACCUGCGUCCCUUCUAUCUGGCAUGUAAACAGUGCCAAAUUAGAGAGGUCAUUUCAGAGGUCAGGCCUCCAUCUGGGUCUGCUUACAUCUUCACAUUGUUAGAUAUUUUGGUUCUUGUGUAUGUGACCUACUCAAGUCAUGCCUAGCAUUGUAUAAUUGCUCAUUGACAUUUAACUAACCUUUUUUCCUCCAAAAGGGAUUUUAUUUUUCUGAUUUGUUGUCAGAAAUUUCAGGCUACAUCUGCUUAAGGGGCACUCUGUUUCAGUUCAGACUUUCUACAAACCACGGUUUUGAGGGUUGGGAACAAGCUGCGGAAUCAUACUCUCCCCCUGUCCCCCGUUUAAUCGUGGCUUUCCCUUCCAUUUCCUUUUUAGCAGUAACCAUAAUUUGCUAUGGUAUUCAGAUCUGCAAACUGUGGCUAGUGCACUUUCCCCCUGCAAACCAACAUCUGAAACUAAACUUUGAAAUGGACUUCUGGUUUGAAGGGCACAUGUUAGCUGUUCUAUGCUGAUUCGGACAUCACAGCAAAUUAUGGUUAAUGCUAAGAAGGAAAUGGAAGAGGGAAAGAGGGGGGCACUUGACCAUGGAGCUUGUUCAUGAACCUUCAAAGGUGGAGGAUAGUCUGAAUGGAGCCCCAGUUAGUGUGUCGGCAGAGCAUAAUAAUAAUAAUAAUAAUAAUAAUAAUAAUAUACCCCGCCCAUCUGGCUGAGUUUCCCCAGCCACUCUGGGUGGAUUCCAAUCAAGUGUUACAAACAAUACAGCAUUUAAUAUUAAAAGCUUCCCUAAACAGGGCUGCCUUCAGAUGUCUUCUAAAAGUUUGGUAGUUAUUUUUCUCUUUCACAUCUGGUGGGAGGGCGUUCCACAGGGCGGGUGCCACUACCGAGAAGGCCCUCUGCCUGGUUCCCAGUAACUUGGCUUCUCGCAGUGAGGGAACCGCCAGAAGGCCCUUGGUACUGGACCUCAGUGUCCGGGCAGAACGAUGGGGGUGGAGACGCUCCUUCAGGGAUACAGGACCGAUGCCGUUUAGGCCUUUGAAGAUCAGCACCAACACUUUGAAUUGUGCUCGGAAACGUACUGGGAACCAAUGUAGGUCUUUCAAGACCGGUGUUAUGUGGUCUUGGCGGCCACUCCCAAUCACCAGUCUAGCUGCCGCAUUCUGGAGUAAUUGCAGUUUCCGGGUCACCUUCAAAGGUAGCCCCACGUAGAGCGCAUUGCAGUAGUCCAAGCGGGAGAUAGCCAGAGCAUGCACCACUCUGGUGAGACAGCGCGCAGGCAGGGAGGGUCUCAUCCUGCGUACCAGAUGGAGCUUGUAAACAGCUGCCCUGGACACAGAAUUAACCUGCACCUCCAUGGACAGCUGUGAGUACAAAAUGACUCCCAGGCUGCGCACCUUGUCCUUCAGGGGCACAGUUACCCCAUUCAGGACCAGGGAGUCCCCCACACCUGCCCGCCCCCUGUUCCCCCAAAACAGUACUUCUGUUGCCAAAUCUAACUUCAAUCAAACCGACCCUUUCUGAAAGUUUACAAUUCUCCUUUCAUGUUCUGUGAUCAGAUUAUGAAGACUUUGGAGCUUUUGCCUAUUCCCAAUAAAAACAUGUUGGAGGAGAGCAAAGUGCUUCCCAUUAUCCAGCGCUGGGCUCAGACUAAAUCCGCUAUUCCACAUCUCAGCGAGGGAGAUGGUUAUUCGAGUGAGAACACAUCGCGGGCUCAUACUCCACUCAACACGCCCGAUCCUUCCGCUAAGCCUAGCGUGGAGGGGGACACGGACACGCCCAAGAAGCUUGCUUUCCGGAAGCUCAAGAUCAUAAGUGAGAACAGCAUGGACAGCGCCAUCUCCGAUACGACCAGUGAGAUUGAGCUGAAGGAGGGCAAAGAGGACCUUGAGCAUCUAGACAGCGUCCCAACAGAGACGGCAGAGGAACUGCCACCCCAGCAGGAGCCUGGCAAGGAUGCUGCCGCCGAGGUCUCAGCAGACACCAGCAAAUCUCAAGCUGUUGAGCAAGAUGUGGAGCCCGAGACAGAGAUGAAGGAGACCUCUGCUGCGAAGCUGGAGGAAUCUGUGGCUGCAGAAACGCCCUCUCAAGAUGAAGAGGAGGGCGUGUCAGAUGUGGAGAGUGAGAGGAGUCAAGAACAGACCGAUAAGAUAAUAGAUGCAAGUGAUUUGGCGACCAAGCUUCUAGAUUGCUGGAAAGACCUAAAAGUAAGUUGGCUUCUCUGUAGCAGAUGCUUUUAUCGUUUAGAAGGUAAUGGAGGUUUCUCACAGUUGACUUGUUUCUCUUGUGCAGAGUGUGUGUAUUCUGAACGGCUGCAGAUUUCCUCUUUUUCUUUUAGCGGGAAAUUCAAAUGGGCCAGGCUAAAACUUUUUUCCAUGCUUGUAAUGAAAACCUUAUAAGCAUAAUUGUGACCUUUUCUCCUCACACCCACCCUAUUAGCCAGUAGUGUUGAAUGAUCAGCAAACUGUGAAGACUGGGAAAUGGAUUAAUUAUGCAGUUUGUAUCCUCUAUUCACAAAAGUUGCAUCUAUGGGCCCUGGCUUGGUAAAAUUUGGGUUGGAAAGUGUGGUGGGAUUUGUUGUUCACAUGACCAAACUAGGGGAAAUACCUUCCAUUAGAAAAUUAUUUGACCAAAAGCUUUCCAUAAGUAUUCUGUUUUUCCUUUUGAAGCAAAAAUGCCUACACUUCGUUAACUGGCAGUUAAUUAAAUUGUUAGCAAAAGACGUAUACUUCAACUUUGCAAAGAGAGCAUUUCUUCCACUAGUUUAGUAUUGGUCGUCUUUGACCCAAAAUUUCCUGAUGUGCCCUCACUAGUUUUACAGACCAGUGCAACUAGCUGUUAAUGAAUGAAACAAUCAACAAAUUUUUCUGCUAAAAAUCAAAGUCACAAGAAUAUGCAACAGCGAUUUGAAUCUGUUUGGCAGAAAAGUGAAUUAUCACCUGUUCCGAAAAACAUAGGCUGUCUGCUGUGAAACCUUUGGGAAAUGCUGCUAUCCUGUCACGCUUUUUUUGCAAGAAUAGUUAGCCUGGAAACAGGCAUGCUACUGAAGUUUUGUGUGAUGUUUUGCUGCCUUUUUUUAUUAGCCUGGUGGGAGGAAGGAUAGUGGGGAUGGCGGGCCACAGUGAGACCUCUUUGUACCUGUUGUCUCUUGAGAUGCCAAAAGAUUCAAACCACCAGUAGUUACUACUCUUCGUUUGGCUAGAUUAGCUACCAUGUAAGAAAACAGAAGCAGAGUAGCAAUUUCUCCAGUUAGCCCCUCUCUUCUUUAUCAGUGGACAGUCUUAUUAGCUCUUUUGUUCUUCCUACAAGGCUAUGUGUGGGUAGAUUCAGUGGUACUUAGGGCUGAGAAAGACAUUACAUUGGAAUCCAGAGACCAGGCAGGAGCCUGGACCUCCUUUUCCUAAACCUUUGCCUUGUUGGAAUUUCUAAGAAAAAUACUAAGCAGGAUUCACACAACUUAAGAUCGGCCCACUUCUAAAAUCGGGCAUGAUUCCAUCUGGAGAUUUGCUCAAAUGAUUAUUUUUGAAGUGCGAUAGAUGCAAAGAAAUCAUGCCAUUUCCUCUGUGUCCUUCAGGAAGCAUUUUACAAUACUUGGUCCAUGUGUGUGUUGAUACAGAUAGGUCAGGAGAGGGGCGUUUUGUACAAAGUAAGGUGCUUUAAAAAAAAGAAUAAUAGCCCUGAUUCUCUGAAGAACUUGACCUGUAUUUGCAAGAUGAGUGUGGGAUUAAAACAACAACAACUUAAUUCUUUCAGUGUAAUGAGAGAACUAACAACAAGAUGGAUAAUUAAUAAUGUAUGCCAGGCUGUCAAGUGUCGUCUGCGUAAAAAUAAGUUUGUGCAUCUUGUUCUUUCUGCCUAGAGUAUGCCCAGUAUAUAUAGCAUCUUGAAUGGGCUUAGGCUUUGCCUCUGAGAAUCUUUUUCUCUACCCAGGAAAGGGAGCGGGCCUUGGGCUUGCUUGCACCUUGUUCUGCUCUGUCCCCAGGAUGGAGAUUUGAAGACAGGCUGCACACACCAUACAUUUAAAACACAUUUUACCUCCCCAAAGAAUCCUGGCGACUGUAUUUUAAAAGGGUGCUGGGAAUUGUAGUUGUGCCAGGGGAUCCAAUGAUCCUUUGAGGGAGGAAUGUGCUUCAAGUGUAUGUAGCCUUAGUGCAAUACUGGUUUAUCUGUACCCAGGAGCUCCCCAGAUCUGUAUCCCAUGCCUAGAUCGAAAUCCCAGAGUAUCAUUCAACCAGUUCAUGGAGCUCCUGGGCAUAUAUGAACCCAGUGCCUGCCGCUUUUAUGCAGGGAGAGGUCAUUGUGAGUAUGUAGCCACUCCCUUCUCAAGUAGAAUAAUGUUCAUAUCAGCAACUCCUUAAUUUGUCUAGAUUCAGGGCUUUGUGUUUGAUUUUAACCCCCCGUACCUACUUGUCAGUCUAUGCCCUGGUGCUGAGGAUUGAAAAGAAAAUACAAAUUAGUUGUAAAAAAAACAAAUCAAAUCAGAAACCUAAUUGUUGUUCAGUUGUGUCUCAGAUACGUCGUCUUGUGAGGAUUCAUGGUGGGGUUAGCAUGAAAUCAUAAUUUUCUUGCUAAGUUAUCUUUCUACUCUCCCUCUCCCCUUUUGGGAUAGCCCUGGCUCAAGAGCAGUUUGCUCACAUCUAUGGUCAGCUAUGGAAUCAUUAUCCAUCAAAAGUCACUGUUUUGGAUUUUUAAGCCCUUUCUGUUGCAGAUCACAUCACAUAAUAUUAAGAAGGUCAAUACAUGGUUUAAAAUAUUGGUGCCAGUAUUACAUAUGUUGAUCUAGUGGACAUAGAUUCUGAUCUCGUGCUCAGUGCAGUAGCAUCCCUGUAGCCUAAACCAAGCCCCUUCCUUCCACUCAUCCAUCAAAAACAAUAGUCCUCCUUUUUAGAUUCCUGUGUUUGGGAGCUGCUGUAUGACAACGCUGAAUUUAAUCUGUCCUGCACUGCAUUACGAUUGCGCUAAGAGUUAGCUGCUUCUGUCUGACAUUAACUGCUUUUUAAAAAACCUCCAGCGCAUUUAUGCUCGGAAGAGAUACCUGUAAACAGCAUAGUUUUUACCUGAUGCAAGAAAACGAUUGGGACCUGUUGUCUCUGAGAUAAACAUGGAGCCCAUUUGUUCAUGUUCCAUGCCAAAACCGAUUGAUGUUGGUUGCUUUAGGGUCUUCCAACCCCGUAAUAUUAGUCUGGAGUGCUGGUCAUCUAUGUAGUGUAGACUGAUUGGGCGGGAGGGUGUGGAAAGCUUGUAACAUAAAGCUAUGUCCUUCCCGACCUCUUGAUGCUGACCCCUUUGUAGUAAUUUCAACCAUUUCCAUCCAGCUUCUCAGGGCAGCCAGGAGCUUGUUAACAUCAUCCCCAGCUGACCAUGAGUCUCCUUUUCUCAACUCCAUUUUCAACUCCGCCCUGAAGAAAGGAGAGAACGUAGCGUGCGUACUGUGAAGAAAGCAGGAAGAUGGUUGGGAAGCUGGAUGAUGCAUGAGAAAUAUAAUAGGUGGAAAAAGAGAGGACAGAGGUGGCUAACUCAUUGAUGCCGACGUAAUUUUGGUGCGUCCAUUGCCGGCAAUGGAUGUCGCUCUGGGAGAAUCCCCCUAUUCCUGGCGGGGAAGGAUCGAGUGAGCUAUUCUUUUUUAUAUCUAUAUAUAUAUCUAUAUAUACCUCUUCACACAAAAGACAGCUGCCGUGGCUUUUGAGCAUUCAAGGCCUUCAUGGGCUUGAAUUCCAGGAUGAACACCAGCAAAAGGCAGCACACAACCCACUGCAACCACACGCAACACACACAAAACCCCCCAGACCGGGUACGUUUUCAGCACGGGUUUCUGCAAGCGUUUCCUGCCAACUUCGGAAAUGGUGCAUGUGUCUCCCUGUGCUGAAAAUGUGCUCCGAACUGGGAUAGACACGCAACAGGAAAUGGCUAAAAACCAGCAUAGCGCUUCGUUUAGCUUGCAUGGAGACCUGCCAUUUGACCAGCGCUCGUUUGGGCAUAGGAGAAAAACAGGUAAGUGCCCCAGGAAGGACGGAUGAAACUUUGAGGCAUUGGCAGGGAGGGAAUCACAACAUCUCUUAAGGUAUGAUGGAUAAUGGUUCCAUUGCUGUCCACCCCUCUGGAUUUGAAGGACAAAGCUGCCAGUGAGCAUCUGUGGCCACAAACCGCGUGAGGUGCUCACCUCUUUCACUGGAAUAAUUUGACGGAUCAGGAAAUUAUGCUUUCAACUCAGCAUGAGGACCAGUUUAAUCAGUCUGUAGGUAGUAGCGUGGUAAUUAGGCGGUUAGCGGCUCUGGUUCUUAUUUUCUGGCGGGAACUUGGAAGUACAUCACUGUGGCCGGAAUAAGGCUAUGUACCCUCGCAGUCACUCAGUUACUCAUGCAGGUAUGUAGGGAUGCUUUAGGAAGAGAUCAGAGUCAACAGCAACCUGGAAAUUAGAAUUUCCUCAAGGGGUAGCCAUUUUUGGGGGCAUUUCAAGGACUUUCUUUUUUUUCCUUUUUACUCUUUGAACUAGAAACACAGAAGUGGCGUUUUAGUCCUCAGUCAUAUAUUAGAUUUAGGCUUUGCUUCAGACGUGCCGGUUGUGUUACUGGUCUGGUAACGGCUUAGGGAUUAUAGGUUUCUUUGUAAAAAUGGUUUCGUAGGCAGUAACUGGCUCUCUGCCCCCAUUUUGGUCCAUUUACUGCGCACCCUUCCCAUUCCCUUCCUCCACUUUGUUGCUUUCAGUUGGCCGAUAUGGCAACUCCUCGCAGCCGUUGGCUGUGCUGGCAUUCCACACAGGGGGCUGCACAGUGAUGCUUGAGAGAGCCUAGGUUAUGGUUAUAGUCAUAGCUAUCCCAGGUCAUGCUAUUUGCUCUUAAGAUACAUUAAAGGCACAUCAGGGAGGACAAAUCUGGAGCUGUUAAACUGCCUUAUGGGCAAGUUGCUGCGUGUUAGCAUUAUAAUCCCUUGAAUUUGUGUGGCAUAACAGUGUUUAAGGCCUGGGCCCCAUUUCGGGACUGUCUCUGGCAGUCUAAAUGCUUAUGCCACGGAAAUGCUAAAUUCUUAUGCCAUGGAAUUUGUCCCACCAGCCCAUGUUGAACUGGCCUGGGCCCAUUUAAUACUAACACUUCCUGGUUAAAACAGUGAGGGUCUUUAAAGCAGGUUAUUUGUUCAUCUUUUAUUUAGGAAGCUUGAGGGGCUCCCGACUUCCAGUUCUUGUAAAAGUUUACAAGAACUUCUCAUUCUUUUUUUUUAUUAUUUAAACCCAAUACUCUUUUGUUAGAAGAGGCCGAGAUUAACUGGUGUUUCACUCCGGAAUUUCAAGCCUUUAAAACAGGCUUCCUCAGCCUCGGCCCUCCAGAUGUUUUGGGACUACAACUUCCAUGAUCUCUAGCUAGCAGGACCAGCGGUCAGGGAUGGUGGGAAUUGUAGUCUCAAACAUCUGGAGGGCCGAGGUUGAGGAAGCCUGCUUUAAAAUGUUACGAGAGAGGUGUGUAAGUGGGAAGAGCUUAAAUAGCAAAACAGCUCAUUGCUGGACAUUACCUUGUCCACUUAGGUGCCGACUAGUGGAGCAAGCUUUUAGCAUAUUUCUACAGAAAUCCGUAUGGAUUUUUAUACGGCUUCGUACUCUCUUAGGCGGUUGUUGUAAGACAGAUCUGAAACUGGAAAAUAUACAUAGGGGAGAAAGGCAGUAGUUUGGGCUGAAAGACAAUGCAAAGACUGUUCUGUUGAGCAGCCUUUCCAAGACCCAGGAAUGCUUCAGGAUGGAAAAGUGAAGGCAGUUUUCCAACUGCUUCUCCCAUACCUGUGUGUUACUUUGGCAUUAAGCCCAUGCCCUGUGUGUUUCUGUUUUAUCUAUAAGCUAAAAACUAGUUUGUAGCUCCUGUGUGCUAAGGUUUUGUAUGGCUUGUGCCAAAGAUAAGGUGUCUUUUGUUGUUGUUGUUUAUGGUGCAAACCAGUUGAAUAGGUGGGGAGUGGGGGGAAGAACGUAGAAUGAAGAAAGCAUGAAGAGCAUAUGAUGUAAAUAAAUAACACACAAACCCUGGCUUUGUGUUAAUGGCAAUCUAAAUAUACCCCAAUCCCCAUAGCUGUCGGAAGGAGGCUACUAAGCAUGUUGGGUGUGGAGGAAGAAAAUAAUAAAUAAGGAAGAAAAUAGGACUUAUAAAUUCACUCGCCUACCCUGCACUAUGGGUGUGUCUCAUUUUGCAGAGUAAUCUUUCAUUUCCCCCAGGGGUAGUGGGAGACAUUUCCCCCAUGUGGCCAAAGGAUUCCCCCACCCCCUUUUUUUGUACUAAGUUUUUAAAGUUUAUUUUCAAACAGUAAUUUUUUCAGCCUUCAUACAGUUUCCUCAGCCUUCGAUUCUACUGCAGUAUAUUUUUAUUUAGCCUUUCAGCAACAAUAGUGAGGCAGAAGAAGGAGUUUAUUGCUUAGACCUCUCUGUGUGCUUUGUUUCAGAAAUUUGGGGAAACAGGGUAACCACAUAGGUCACAUGGAGACAGUCUAUAUUGGAGCCUUUGCUUUUCUUUGUAAUAAUUCUUAAGCAGUCACUCCAGAUUUCAAUAAUAAGGUUAAUGUUUAAAGCCAAAAUGUUCGAUGUUUCCCUCUUUGAUUUUUUGUUAUGUUAAAUGUUUUCUGGAUGCUUCUAUGUCCAAAAAUAAAGACAAGUUGCCUUGGCUUGCAUCCCAGCUGAGUAGUAGUUGUCCUUUAUAGUGAGGAGGGUAUAAGUUGUUUCUGAUGAGGGCACAGAGCAGAAAAGUAAUAGAACAGUGUCUGCAUUACAAAUACAAAUGUAAACUGGUUUUCCUGUCCACAGUUUUCAUUUGUUUAAUUGGUUUAGAUUUAAUCACGUCCCCAAAGCUCAGAGCAGAUAACAGGAUUUAAUUGGCAUGUGUAAUAUUACGUACAGUGGAAUUUUAAGGGCCAUUAAAUAAAAUCUUAACAAACAAAUCCUCAACCCAGAGUUGCUCUGAGCUUGUUAACAUGUGACAUUGCUCAUCCUCAUAAACAGCCUGAUCUUUCCAGUUUACACAUUUUGUGUAACUAAUAUGCAGUGUGAGAGUGGGGAUUGGGCAAGGCAAGAUUAUAUCAAUGGCUGCUGGCAGUACCGUGAUUGAGGCAGCGCUUUGAGCAGUCGUUGGGCAGAAAAUGUGAAUAGGCAUGCAUAAAUUAUAGAGCCAAGUGGUGGUUUUUUUAAAUUGACUAAGGAACGCAAAAGGGUAUUUAAAGGGAGAUGGAAUGUAGAAACAAAUGCAGGAAGCUAGAAGGCCAAUACAGUGGUACCUCGGGUUACAUACGCUUCAGGUUACAGACUCCGCUAACCCAGAAAUAGUACCUCGGGUUAAGAACUUUGCUUCAGGAUGAGAACAGAAAUUGUGCGGCAGCGGGAGGCCCCAUUAGCUAAAGUGGUGCUUCAGGUUAAGAACAGUUUCAGGUUAAGAACGGACCUCCAGAACGAAUUAAGUACUUAACCCGAGGUACCACUGUACUGGUGAAUUAGGCAGCAGUCUGUGCAUUUCACGUAGGAAUAAGGUCCAUCAAACUCAGCGUGACUUGCUUCUGAGUAGACAUGCACAUGGUAGCACUGUUGAAAAUGCAGGGUUUUGAAAGUGGGCUUGAAAAGUGGUCAAAUGAGAAACCUAUUUAGCAGUCAUCCCUGGGUGUAUAAUCUAUAGAAAUGAAAGAGUAGCCUGUGUUGAAAAUGGUAUUGCUUAUUGCGGGAAAAGGUGCAGAGUGUGAAAUAAAUUUAGGAAUCGUGAAAGAAACUCUUCCCCGAAACUACUGUGGGUAGAAAUUCCAAGAGAAAAAGCAUAUCCUGCUAUAAGGCAUCUCCACUCAGUUGACCACUAUCCUGGCACAAUGGCUGACUUAAAAGUAUCCUCAGACCAGGUAAAGGUCAGCUUGAGUCAUGGCACAGAAAGAGGCUGGGAUCUAAAGCAGCCUUUCUCAACCUGUGGGUCCCCAGAUGUUGUUGAACUACAACUCCCAUCACCCCUAUCUAGCAAGGCCAGAGCUCAGGGAUGAUGGGAGUUGUAGUCCAACAACAUCUGGGGACCCACAGGUUGAGAACCGCUGAAGGAAAGUGGCAUUAAUUACGUAAGUCCAAGUUGGCUUUAGGCUUGUUUUUCUCAAAAAAAUAAUAGUUUCUAUACUGCAUGGCAACUAUAUGUGUAAAACAAACGUCAUGAAAUGUCUAGUGGGGAAGCUAGACAAGUCUUCCGGUCUAUCGAGCCCUACACAGAAGUGAAAGAACCUCUUGAUUCCACACACAUGAAUGGUGGAAAUUGCCCAGACAGUCUAAUACAGACAUUUAACUUCUAGAAUGGGAACUGGUAAAAAAAUAAAAAUAAACAAGGGGAUUGGUCAAAGGGAAGAGGACUAUUGUCUCUUUAGGAAGGUUGGAGUUCAGUUAAACCAACUGUAAUCGAGUAAACUAAGAUGAAUGCCCCAGAUAGGAAGAGGCACAAGUAAUCCAAAAGUUUGCUUAAAAAGCCGAGGAAAGAAGAGUUAUUUAAAAAGCACAAGUCAAAAUAAAUAAAAACUAAAUGUAAACGUGAAACUGACGAGGAAACCAAGGUGGAACCUAUAAAGUCGUCUUGUGCAAUAUUGCCCAUCAGAGUUAUAGCCAGGUGAGGGGAGACUUUCUGGGAAGCGUGUUUAACAAGCUGAGUACCAAGGCUACAAAGGCUUUUCUUCCAGUCACCACUUGUCUAACUUUAGUUGGCAGGGAGAGAUGCAGAAGAAGGUGACCACAAGGUUCAGGCAGGUUCCUGUGAUGGAAGACAAAUCGCUCCAAGCCACUUGGGACUGGAUGAAUUUAUCUGGUCAGAUCCAGUUAGACGGUGUCUAUUUCCAUGCCUGUUACAACAACUGGAUAGCUCAGUCAGUAGAGUGUGAGACCCUUAAUCUCACAGUUGUGCGUUUGAGCCCCCCAGUUGGCAAAAGAUUCCUGCAUUACGGGGGUUGAGCUAGAUAACCCUUGUGGUCUUUUACAAUUCUAUGAACUGUGAAGUCCUACGGUUACGAACUGAUGGCUGCUAGCUCCAGGUAAAGGUAAAGGGACCCCUGACCAUUAGGUCCAGUCGUGACCGACUUUGGGGUUGCGGCGCUCAUCUCGCUUUAUUGGCCAAGGGAGCCGGCGUACAGCUUCCGGGUCAUGUGGCCAGCAUGACUGAGCCGCUUCUGGCGAACCAGAGCAGCAAACGGAAACGCCGUUUACCUUCCCGCCAGAGCGGUACCUAUUUAUCUACUUGCACUUUGACGUGCUUUUGAACUGCUAGGUUGGCAGGAGCAGGGACCGAGCAACGGGAGCUCACCCCGUUGCGGGGAUUCGAACCGCCGACCUUCUGAUCGGCAAGUCCUAGGCUCUGUGGUUUAACCCACAGCACCACCCGUGUCCCUAGCUCCAGAUAAAAGUGGUCAAAGGUAAUAAAUAUAUUCCUGUGCAAGGCAUAUCUUUUUAGGCGAAGAUUUCCUUACACCUGGGAACUUGUAUGGCUUUAAAAGAGGACUAGGCAAAUUCAUGUGAAAGUGUCCUAUAUGCCAGGGAAAGAAAUACCUGCCAAUGCACUAACCAAAGUUGCUAACAGGGAACAAAUGGCUGUGUAUGUACAUGGAUUGCAAAUGUGUUAGAUUCUGCAAUGGUUGGUAUGAAAAGGGGGAGAAUGUUGAUAUUUUCACCCCCUCCCAUUGCGAGAAUCUCCUGAUAGGACGUUUUCAGAAAGGAGGGGGCGGAAACUGCUCUCCGCUUCUUCCGUUCCUUCCUCACUCUGUGUGGCGUCUGUGUGUUAUCUAUGUAGUGUUUAGAUGGCUGUGUGGGAGCUGUAACACGCAUGCAAGCCAGAAGCUCUUUAGUUCUUAGUUUGUAGUAGCUAUUAGAAAUAAAAGAAGUUAUGUUUCACAGCAGGCUUCCGCGUUGUUUAUACUCUGCCGAGGUUGGUGCUCACAAUGCACAGUUGCGAGUCCAGUGCACUGAGACCUGCUUUCCAGGAUUGGAAGGUCUCUGGAAGUGCUCCAGUCGCCUAGCCCAGCCAGGGCAGAACCAGUUACUGAGCCCAGUCGCUGGCACCGGCUCAAAGGCGUACUGACAAUUCUAUCUGUGCCUACUAGCCAUAAAGUCUACGCUGUUCUUCCACGGUUAGAGGUAUUAUGCAUCUGUAUACCAGUUGCUGGAAAUCACAAGUGGGGAGAGUGCUGUUAUACUGAAGUCCCGCGUUUGCAGGCUUUCCAUGGACAUCUGGUUGGCCACUGUGAAAACAGGAUGCUGGACUGGGUGGGCUGUUGACCACCCUGUCUCAACAACCUCCUGGCGCAUAGAUGAGGAGCCUGUGUGUCUCCAGAUAUUGCAUGACUACAAGUCCCAUCAUCCCUGACCAUACCAUUUGGGGGCAAGUGGUAGUUGCAGUCCAAAAACAUCUGGAGGACCAAAGGUUUCCACACCUGUCCUAGGGCAUGGGUGACCAACCGGCAGAUCACUGGCUGAAUAAGACCUGACAGCCGUUUCUACUCACCCCAGUAGCUGCGGUGUCAGAAGCAAAACCCCACACAUCGCUUGGCAAGCAGCUGUAACACGUGAAGCAUCAAUUCUGAACCGGCAAACUUAGAGAAAGAGAAGAUGUGUUAGAGGCCUCCCCCUUUGCAGCCACCUUUGCUCAAGAGGGGCUGCAGCUAAUAUCUUCUAAUAGGGAAGGUACCAUCAAAAGUUGGGUUUUUAGCCCUUCAACAGCUCAGCCAGGGAAGAUCUGGUGUCUUCCUGCCCUGGUUGAAGAAUGUGGCUGUGAUCUGUUUGUGUGGAACUUGCCUGCUUUCAGAUGUUAUUGGUGUACAACCCCCAUCCUUCCUGGACCACUGCCUGGAACUGGUCCAACAACAUCUGUAUGGACCACCUGUUUCUAGGGAAACGGAAAUAGGUGCACACUCUUCUUUGUCAAAAUAAAUAAAAAAAAUAAAAAAUUGUCCAGUAGCACCUUAAAGGUAAAGGUCCAGUCGUGGCCGACUGGGGUUGCGGCGCUCAUCUCGCUCUAUAGGCCGAGGGAGCCGGUGUACAGCUUCCGGGUCAUGUGGCCAGCAUGACUAAGCCGUUUCUGGCGAACCAGAGCAGCACACGGAAACGCCAUUUACCUUCCCGCCGGAGUGGUACCUAUUUAUCUACUUGCUCUUUGACGUGCUUUCGAACUGCUAGGUUGGCAGGAGCAGGGACCAAGCAACAGGAGCUCACCCCAUUGCGGGGAUUCGAACCGCCGACCUUCUGAUUGGCGAGUCCUAGGCUCUGUGGUUUAAUGCACAGCUAGACCAACUAAGUUUGUUCUUGGUAUAAGCUUUCGUGUGCAUGCACACCUCUUCAGGUACCAAAUUAGAGAUUGUAAAGUCCUUUCAAUCCCUGCAUCAGGGUUCUGUUCUUGUACUUUGUAAAAUGCCACACAGACUGAUCGCUGCUGAUUAGCAGUAUGUAGCCCUAACUAGUCAUCCCAAAACUAAAAUGGUUGACACAAUGUGCUGUGUAGCCUUGCAGUCUUCCAUUCUGCUUUCUCUAAGCUAAUGCCAGCAAUCUCCCAUUUCCUCCUAUUCAAAAUAGUUCGGCUUUAUUAUUUGAUUUGAUUUGUAUACCAUCCAUCAUCUAAAAAUCUCAGGGCGAUUUACAACAUAAACAUAUAUAUAUAUAAUAAAAAUAUAUAAUGAAAAAAAUAAAAUACAUAAUAAAAACAAAACAAAACCAAACCAAACCAAAUAACCCUCCCCACAAACACAAAAGGACAUAGAAUGCUAAUCAGCCAAACGCCUGGUUAAAGAGAAAAGUAUUUGCCUGGCGCCUAGAGAUAUGUAAUGAAGGCGCCAGGCAAGCCUCCCUGAGGAGAGCUUUAAUUUUCUGUUUUAAUUUUAACAAUUAAUGACUCUUGACUUUGUUCUCUCUAACCCUUUCCUCCGAGGCUCAGAGGAGAUCACCACCCGCCUGUUCGCUUUGGUUUUUAAAGGACAACAAAUGAUCCUCUGUCUGCUAACAACAAAUCCAGUACUAAUUUAAUGUUACAUUCAAGCGCCAUCUCUUCCCUCCCGCCCCCCAAUCCUUAACCCUGCCCUAUACUUCCUUGCUGUUGAGCAUAGGGGGCAUAGUAUAGGGAUAAAAUAAGUAUAAAGAAAGGGCUUACACAGAUAGCAAUUUGCUGUUCCCUCUGUUCAGCCCUUGAAAGUUGGGGAGCCCACAAGGUUGGUCACUUCCAAAUCUAGGUAUGAUAAUGACCCUCUGUGCCUGUUCCAGCAGCAUGAACAAGCAAAUAAUAAUAAUAAUAAUAAUUUAUUAUUUCUACCCCGCCCAUCUGGCUGAGUUUCCCCAGCCACUCUGGGCGGCUUCCAGCCGAAUAUUAAAAACAAUACAGCGUCAGACAUUAAAAACUUCCCUAAACAGGGCCACCUUCAGUUGUCUUUUAAAAGUAAAAUAGUUGUUUAUUGCCUUGACAUCUCCUGGGAGGGCAUUCCACAGGGCGGGCGCCACUACCGAGAAGGCCCUCUGCCUGGUUCCCUGUAACCUCACUUCUCGCAAUGAGGUAACCGCCAGAAGGCCCUCGGAGCUGGACCUCAGUGUCCGGGCUGAAUGAUGGGGGUGGAGACGCUCCUUCAGGAAUACAGGACUGAGGCCGUUUAGGGCUUGAAAGGUCAGCUCCAGCACUUUGAAUUGUGCUUGGAAACGUACUGGGAGCCAAUGAAGAUCUUUCAGGACCAGUGUUAUAUGGUCUCGGCGGCCGCUCCCAGUCACCAGUCUAGCUGCCACAUUCUGGAUUAAUUGCAAAAGCUGAGAUGAGGGUCACUGGUGCCUUUGGGUGACAAAUGGGCACGGUUCCAUCCCCCUUUACAACAGUUCACCUAACUCUUAAUGAAAUCAGGUGAUCCUUAACCUCAGGCCCAGGGAGUGAAUACAACCUAUCUGACCCCAGAACCUUCCCCAGGCCACAACUCUGCUUUUUCCUAGUUGAAUUACAUGUUUGAACUAUGCCUCUUGUUUGCCUAGAUUGGGGAUAGAAAGGGGUGUAUGAGUGUGUGUAAAACCUAGCCUGCUGUACAUGGAUAUAAUGUCAGUUGCUCCACUCGCUUUCGCCUCUGGACCCACCUCUGGAAGAAGGGAAUAUAGCCCUCAGGACCCCCCGUGUCUGCACCAGUGUAUAGGUCAUAAGAAUACUUAUCUCUGACAUCAUUCGUUUCUCCUGCCUUUCCUAAAUUAUUGGAUGAAACGGAAUAUCUGAUACUUGGAAAUAGAAGGUUAAAAUGGAAUGCACAGGUCCAAGAAAAAAUGAUUCAGAUUCUGGAUUCCCAUGAAUUUGCUUUAUUAAAGGGGGAAAUGUUGAUAGAAACAGGAAGCAUAAUGCGCCCACUGAUGACCACAACUAGUGUGAUAAAAAACAAAAAGUUUAAAAGACAGACUUGGUUUGAUAAGGAAUGUCAGAAUAGCAAAAAAUGCCUGGCUAGGGAACUUAGAAAACUGAAGUUAAAACAGGAUAAGCACAAUCUUGCUCUACAAGCUGAGGUAGCCCAAUUACAAUAUAAUUAUAAAUUAUUACUUAAAAGCAAGAAACAAAUAUAUUCUGAACAACAGUGGAAAGCAUUGGGAGAUGCAGCACUUCAAAAGGUCAUAAAAUUGUGAACAAGCCAUGGCCUUUAGCUUCUUCCUUCUCCCCCCUCCCUCCCUCUCUCUUUCUUUGAUACAGGGUAGGGGCUGUAAUUGCCAUCCAAACCAUGGUUUUCCAUUAUGUCCAAACUAUAGUGCAAGAACGAAGGCAGCUGGAGGGGCAUCCGCUAAAGCUUUUGGUUCAUUGGCAGUUUCCCCAAGCCAUGGCUUGAAGGAUCACUAGGAUUCAGCCAUGGUCUUUAGAUAUCUUUUGAGGAAAUGCUCAGGAUUCUGUAGUUGUGAUUCCUUCAUGUGCCCUGUGCGUAUGAAUUUGGCCUAAAUCAGCCGCCAAACCUGACUUAGUUUCUAUGACUUGUUUUUGCAGGAGGUGUACAGGAUCCCGAAGAAGAGCCAAGCGGAAAAGGAGACCACUGGUACGUACUCGUAGAUGCUCUUCUUUGGGUAUUGAUCAGGUUGAGAAGAAGGCCAUUGAUUACAAAAACAUUGCACUGAAAGCCCCCGUCAGAGCAUAAUCCUCUGGGACUCUUGAGUAGAACUUCCUUAAAAGCACUCUGUGAUUCAGUAGUUCUGCAUGACUUUAUAGGGAUGCUCCUUUGUUCUGUCCUUCUCUUCCUUCGUUGCUCUCUUCCUGUGGCUCAACUGAAACAGCAUAGCCUUGCUUGACCACAGAAGACUUCCCUGAGACCUGGGAGGAGGACAGGCUUAAAGGUAGCACGUGGUUCAAGCUCUGGUGUUGAUCAGCACUUGUUCCUUAGCAGGGGCAAAAAGAGAGUUUGAAAAACCAUUUCUCAGAGUUCCUUGCAAGUCAAGAUCUCCCUACAUUUAAAUAUAAAUCCAAAGGUAAAGGUAGGCCUGACCAUUAGGUCCAGUCGCGAACGACUGGGGUUGCGGCGCUCAUCUCGCUCUGUAGGCCGAGGGAGUCGACGUUUGUCGCAGACAGCUUCCGGGUCAUGUGGCCAGCAUGACUAAGCUGCUUUGGCGAAUCAGAGCAGAGCACGGAAACGCCGUUUACCUUCCCGCCGGAGCGGUACCUAUUGAUCUACUUGCACUUUGACGUGCUUUCCAACUGUUAGGUGGGCAGGAGCAGGGACUGAGCAACGGGAGCUCACCCCGUUGUGGGGAUUCGAACCGCCGACCUUCUGAUUGGCAAGCCCUAGGCUCUGUGGUUUAGACCACAGCUCCACCCACAUCCCAUAAAUCCUUAUAUAGAUUUUGUUAAAUAAAAGAUAUCAGCAUCAGUCAGGUAUCUUCUCUGUACUCUUUUUUUGGACCUAAAAAGAUCUUUGUUUAGACAAGCCUAUGCAGAUACAUAGAAAUUAGCAAGUGUUUUAAUCUGUUUUUAGCCGAUUCUUGGUUAUCGUAUUUUUUUUAAAAAAAACUUUUUCACUUUGUCUUUUACUGACAGUUUUAACAUUUGGGUUAUUUUGUCAUCCAUUUAGGGGUUUAUGUACAAUCAAACGGUCUAUACAUUUUGUUAGAUAUUUAAAUACAUGAGCUAACGUGGCUUGCCUUCAGGUGUACAGACGGGACUUAAAUAAUGAUUUACAAUUGAGAGUGUUGAACGCACUCCAUAUAAAUUACCUUAGUGUGAUUCUUUUGGCUCACUUCUGUAUGCUAGGUCAGUAUUAUUAUCUCCAUGUUCCAGAUCAGAUUCAGGGGGGUCAAGGAGGGGAACAAAAGCUAUGACUUGCCCAAAGGUCACGUAGUGAAUUCACAGUGGAGGUGACAUUUGCACCAGGGACUUCCUGAUUUCAUAACUCAGUCUCUUAAUAAAGAAAACUGUUGUGGGUGAAGCCAACUAAGAGUGUGUUGACUGUUAAAAGCCUUGCUCAAUCCUUUGCCCCUGUAAAGAGUAUGGGUUGCUCGUGCGUAAGUUGCCGCCUCUCCUGGCUUUGUUGCCUUGUUAAACCUUUCAGUCUGGACAGCCCUUCACUUCGUGGCUGCCUCAGUCGCUAGCAGAAUCUGUCAGUGGGCGUUUCUUAAACCUUUUCCAACAUAAAAGUUGUUUGACACCCAGUCUCCUCCUACUCUCUCUGCGCGGAAGUCUUCUGCUCAGGGAGGGCAUGGGUAGCGGAGGACCCGUGCUCUCCCCGCUGGUGUCCGGUGAAGAGUCUGGGAGCCCUCUCGCCGAUUCCCCCAUCUGCCCCUCCUUAUUCCUGGUGUUGCGCUGAAUUGCUUCCCCAUCUGCUGAGCUGCCUCUCUCCCUGCUGGGCCCUUCUCCAGCAUCAUUUGAGAGCCUUCCCUCCGCCUCUAGCUCCGAUGUCAGUUCCCUGACAGCCCCUUUACUUGGAACUAAAUAUUCUCAACAUCUGGAUUAUUGACAUGCACAGAAUUGCUCUGCGAGUUCCUUGGGUUGGUGGCUGUCUUUCCCAAACACAUACAUUUCUCGCUUCUCCACACUGAGAACAAUAUUCUACUUUCGCGUAUAGGUCCAUGAGGGCUGCCAGUCUACAAAUGAUUAUUUGGAACAGAACAAAGAAGUAAAUGGCAUAGAGUUUAAUUCCCCAGGUUUAGAGACUUUCUGCAUAGUCUGUAAUUUGACCAAGAUCAGAAAUACUGCAAGCACGCCUCCAGUUUAUUGCAGCUUCAGAUCUGCAAGUUCUGCCCAGAAAGUUGAGGCUUCGUGGCCUAAAUGGAGGCAGGAGCCUGGGAAUCAAACUUGAGUUAAAACAAAAUAUUUUAUAGUAUCAAUUGAUCACAAAACCAUGGUUUAUCAUAAUAGAAACAAGCUGAAGCAAGCCUCAGACUUGCUGAAGCCUGUGCUCCUGUUCCUUUUUAAUGUAGCUGCAAGGCAUUUGUAAGCUUUUUAAAGAUUUAACUGCAGCUUCUCCUUUUGUCCUUACUUGACAAGCUGCUCUAAAUCUCAACUAUGGUUUGUUUCAAACAAACCCACUUCAAACGGACAAAACGAUAAGCUGAGGUUAUUCAAGAACAGAAGCAAAAGCCUUCAGACUCCGUGUGGCUAGACCAAAGGAGAAUGAGGUGAGCCCGAGGCUUGCUGUGGUUUAUCAUGAUGACUGAACCACAGUCGUUUUCUUAAGCAGGUAAACAGGAAUUUUAAAAGUAGAGCUGUAUUUUGAGGAUUUUAAAAAAAUAAAUCAAAACCUCUUGUAGAUCUAAAAUACGAACAGGAACAAUCUGCCCAGUGUUACGCACUUCAGGAUUGCACGAAGUUCAUUCAAAGAAGAGUUUAGCAUUCUGAAAUAAUUGGCACUUAAAAUGGCUUAAGUUUGGCUGGAUCGUACCCUGUACAGAUAACUUUCCGGAAGUGGCUAGGAAAUCUUAUCUAGGAAAUCUUUUUUUCUGGGAAGAUCUUGCGUCUCUGGUGGUUGACAUAAGCCACGCUAACAACUUCUGCCUGUUUUUGACAGCAGAUCGUGGGAGAGAGUCAGCAGGCCGAGACCCAGCCGCUACCCCAAAAAACCUGAGCAGAGAACGGGACCCCGAAAGGCAAAGUCAGAGCAAGGAAAAGAAAAAACGCAGAGAUUCUUUGUCACCCCCGUCGGCGUAUGAACGAGGCACCAAACGACCAGAUGACAGGCAAGUUGUUUUCUUCUUUUUACACGUCUCCAGAUAAAGGCUUGGGGUUCUGAGCUUCCUGGUUUGAAAUCAUCAAGUGAUAAUAACAGAGAGAGGUUUAAUUAGAUGAUCUGUGCUUCUUCUCCAAAGACUAUCAAUAAUGGCUCACAAAGAGCCAAGCCUUGAUGAACAAAGCUUAUCUAUUGUUUUGUGCAAUAUCUUGUUUGAAGAUCCAUUCUAGACAUUGGUCAGCGAUGUCUGAUGUGGCUUUUCAAACUACGGUUUUUCAAACCCUACAUGUCAGCCUUUUCAUAACUCUACCCCGCAUAAGAAGAAGGCAGAGAACCCAUUUUCAAGUUGAGAGCGGGAGAGGCGAUAAAGAGGGCAAGGAGCAAAAUGAAUCUCUGCGUGGGCUGGGCUGCAGCAAAAACAUUAGGGGAGAAUCUCCUCCAUCCUUCCCAUUUUUCCACUCCUCUUCAAGGCUUAGGGAGGUAACAAGACAAUUAAAAAUGAAUGUGAAAUUGAAUCUGAACAAAGCAGUUAAAAGUGGCUAGGUCCCUGUUCCUGCAGUUGGUUUGAUUUCAGCACCUGAAAGCCAGGUAUGAUGGUGGUGAUGGUGAUGAUGUUGUUCUUCCUCCCAAAGGAUGCCAGUUCCUGCUUUCAGGCUUCCCAUAGACACCAAGUCACCCACUGUAAGAACAUGAUGCAAGACUAGAUGGGCCUUUGGCUUUAUCCAGCAGCCUAAAGUCUUGCCUAAGUGACUUGCCUAAGGCCCCAAUCCUCACCUGUGUGUGUUGGGCGGGGGGUUAUUGGUUUGGUUUGUUCUUGCUUUUAUUAUGCAUUUUGUGUUUUUAACUUCUAUUUCUAUGCUGCCAACUGCCCUGAGAUCCUCAGAUGAAGGGCAGUAUGCAAACUUUAAUAAUAACAACAAUAAUAAUAAUGAAUUCACAGCCAGCCACAAUGCCAUGCUGGCAUUUCCCCGCUUACCCCAGGCUAAUAGCCAUGGGAUCAUAGCAGUGGCAGCUAAUAAUAAUAAUUUAUUUAUACCCCGCCCUUCCGGUUUAAAAACCGGGCUCAGGGCGGCUAACAACAAAUCUAAAACACUUAAUUGUAAAAGCAACAUAAAAUACAGUAUAAAAACAUGAAUAACAAUAAAAUUCAAAUUUCAGAAAUCAAUUUAGGGGAAAUCCAUCUAAUAAGCAUUAGAUAAUCCCCAGGGCUAGCUGACUGAAUUAGUCCUACUUGGGCCAGCGAGGAGGCCAGGGGAAAAUUAGCUGUGGGGUUUCAGAGCGGGUGAUCUUCAUAAAAGGGGGGAGGGGGGAAGAGAAGGGAAAUAAAAGACCAGGCUGAAUUCAAAUUAAAGGCCAGGCGGAAUAGCUCUGUCUUACAGGCCUGACGGAAGAGGUUCAAUCCCACAGGGCCCUAGUCUCCUGGGACAGAGCAUUCCACCAGGUGGGAGCCAUCACUGAGAAGACCCUGGCCCUGGUGGAGGAUAGUCUGACUUCCUUAGGGCCCGGGACCUCUAAAUUAUGGAUAUUCAUGGACCUUAAGGUCCUCUGCGGGGCAGACGAGGAGACCAUUAGGUACGUGGAGGCCAGGAUUGUUUGACACUCCCUUCGUCUCCUCUCCCCCAGAUACGACACACCAGCCACCACCUCCAAGAAGAAAGUCCGGAUCAAGGACCGCAACAAGCUGUCCACGGAGGAACGCCGGAAGCUCUUUGAGCAGGAGGUUGCGCAGCGUGAGGCCCAGAAGCAGCAGCAGCAGCAGUUGCAGACCCUUGGGAUGGCCUCCCCUCUUCCCUACGACUCCCUGGGCUACAGCGUCGCGCACCAGACCUUCAUGGGCUACCCGCCCGGCUACCCCAUGCAGGCCUAUGUGGACCCCAGCAACCCCAAUGCCGGAAAGGUGCUUCUCCCCACCCCUAGCAUGGACCCCAUGUGCUCCCCGGCCGCCUACGAGCACCCUCAGACUUUGGUCGGGCACACGAUCGAGCCGGCCCUGGCCGCCCCUCAGCCGGUUCCCGUCGUCCAGCACGUAGCAGCAGGCACCCUGGAGGUGUCCGCCCCGCAGUACGUAACGCAGGGCGACCCGGUGGUCCACCAGGAGCAGAGCGUCGCGGUCUUGCCGGUGCCGGCCCCGGUGCAAGGACAGAGCUAUGGAGUCUGGGAUUCCAGCCAGCAGACGGUAGCAGUGCAGCCGCCCUAUUCUCCAGCCCAGUCCCAGCCGGCCAUCUACUACCAAGGGCAGGCCUGCCAGGCUGUUUACGGAGUCGCGUCACCCUACUCGCAGACCACGCCACCCAUCGUGCAGGUAAAUUGCGCGGUGCAAGGGCUCCAAGUGAUUUUGGUUUUUUUGACACAACCUUCACAAAGGUGUGCUCUCCAAGGCUUAAGAAGUACAGUGGUCCAUUGCGUUUUGAGAAACAGGGUUUUUUGUUUUACAUGCUCCAUUCCAUACUCACUACUCAGUAAAGUUGGGCAGGGGUCUCCUUCCACUUGAUCCAGAAGCUGCAGUUAGUGCAGAAUGCCGCAGCGCAAUUGCUGGCAGGAACGAGGCCUUGUCAGCGCAUCACACCGCUGCUCGGAGAUCUGCCCUUGUGGCCAGUUUGCUACCGGGCCAAGUUCAAGGUGUUACUAUUGGUAUAUAAAGCCCUUAAGAACUUGGGACCGGUUUACCACAUGUGCCCAGCAGAAUUGGCACUGCUGUGUGUGCCACAUAAUACUCGUUCUGUGUUUGUAAGAACUCAGCCAUUUAGUGUGGCGCUGCCUGCGCAUUGAGAACUCCUUGUCUAUUGAGAGCACAGUUCUUGAGAACUUUUCUGCUUUCGGCAUCUGCUAAAAACGUUGUUUAGCCAAGCCUACCCAGAUGCUUAGAAAGUUGGUGUAAUUUUAAUCUACUUUAGCAUCUUAACUUUUGCAUGUUUUAAAAUAUGAUUGUGGAUUUCACACACACACACACACACACCUUGAUUUUACUGCUUGUCCUUCGUAAACCACUUUGAGGUUUCUUUACGGACAAGCAGGAUAUAAAUUUUAUGAAAUAAAUAAACAAAUAUCUACUGCCCGCUUGGCAGAGAGAAGUGGAAAUUGGCAAGGGAAGAGAUCUGUGAGCCCAUAUCCUCUCUGUCCCCCUGGCACCUUAGCCUAUGUGCCUGCAGUUGAAUAGGUUCAUCAGGAACUUCUAGGGUGCAAGAAGCAUAGUAUCUAUAUAACUGCAAUGGGAUAGAACUUCAGCCUCAGCAACGAUUACACAAAACAAAACAAAACAAAAGAAUUGCCGUGAAAAUCCCUGAAACGAGAGGUAAUCGGAUAUAGAAUUGAAUAUCAAAUUUUAAAAAAAAAAUUAAGGAAAAAUUAACCUAGAAUUAAACAAAGACUUAACGAGAUGCCGGCUACAAAACUCGUUUCACUGAACUAAUCAGUUUCCUCAGAAGGAAAUAAAGAAUUUUAAACCUUAAAUAAUUUUAAGUGAUAUCAAAAAAAGUCUAGAGCAGGGCUGAGACGCUUCCUUGAGUUUACAAAAAAGGUAUAAAAACCUCAAUGACAAGUUUUAAACAUAGCCCUAUUUAAGAGAACAUUAUAAACCUUAAAUGGUUUUCACUGAUUUCCAACAAACUCAGGAGCAAGGCUGGAGUGCUUUCCUGAGUUUACAAAAAAGGUUUUAAGAAAAACUUACAAAGGAAUACGAGAUAAGCUGUUUAAGUUUCAAACAAGCUCUAAAACAUGGCAGAAACUCAAAAAACAGGGCUGAAGCGCUCCUGACUGCUGAUGUUAAAGACUGCUGCAACUGACUAUGGCAACAGACUUCUAUUAAUCUGAAAUAGUUGUUUUGCCUUAUGCUGUCUACAGCAUAAAAGGACUAUACAUUUGGGUGUCUGGUCUGCACAAGCAUUGUAGCUUUUUGGGCUUCUUUGCAAUGCUCAGUUUCUCAAUGCAAGAGGUGCAAUGUGUUGCCUAGAAGUCAUUUCCUCUGCCCUGGAAGUCCUGCUCCAACUCUCUGUUUUUAAUGGCUGGUUGCCGUUACUCAGUGAUGGGUAAGCAUUUUGCACAUGCUUAAUUUGACCUCAAACUAUUCUUUAGCUUUUCUGAUUUAGUAUCCUUGUCACAACAGCGCCUGAGAUUGUAGCUGCUGAUGCUAAAAAACGGUGGAAUGCAGAUCUGCCAAGUAUCUGUUAAAUCUUUCGAGUGGAAACACAGGACUACUCUUUUUUUUGGCGGAGGUGCUGUUAUUGGGUUGUUGCUUUUAUUUUGAUUAUAUUGUGGUUUAUAUGUUGAACUUUUCUGUGAACCACCCUGAGACCUCCAGGUAUAGGGUGAAUUCAAUUAAUGAAUAUGAAUAUGAAUAUGAAUUCAAUUAAUAAUAAUAAUAAUAAUCAAUAGAAAUUGUUACAGUGCAGUAUGGAAGACACCCAGCUGUUUGUCUCAAAGAAGCUGUUGUUUUCUCCUCCCCUCCUUCAGAAGCACUAGUGGGGUUCUCCAAGUAAUUUCCCCACUGCUCUCUUGUUUUCUCCCUAGAGCUACGCACAGCCAGGUCUCCAGUAUAUCCAGGGGCAGCAGAUUUACACUGCUCAUCCCCAGGGCGUUGUGGUGCAGCCUACGACGGCAGUGACAACUAUUGUAGCCACAGGACAGCCCCCGCCUAUACAGCAGGUAAGGUUUGGGGAGUGUGGUCUUCUUGGACUUCUAGAAGGCCCUCCUCUUAGCCGACCGGAAUGAACCUUCGCAAAACCUUCCUCUCUCACAAGUUGCAGAUGAAAGAGAUUAGGUCCAGUUGUUCAAGUGAAAUGCCUAUUUCAAAAUCUGACAUCAUUUGUGCAAUGCAGGAAUGAAAAACGCAGUUCUCAGUGUCUUGGCCCUGGGAUACGUUUUUCCCAAUAUAACACAACCUUUCUCUGGGUGCAUGUUUAAAAACUUUAGCAGAUUUGAUUACCAAAAGUAGAAGAAGAUGCAUAAAAAUUGGCUUGUGAAUGACAUGUGUGUGUGAUUUCCUGCGUUUUCCUAAUCAAAAUGCUUUCUGCAUAGGAAGAGUGUAGCCAAGUGGCUCUAACUCUGUUUUAUAAAACUAAGAAGAAGGCAGAGAGUUGAAAAAUUGUGGGCAGCUUUGUUCUCAAAUAUAGCGCUUCACAUCAAUGUCGCUAUUUCUGGAUCCUUGGAGUAUUACUAUUCAGAGAGAGGAUUAUUAUUAUUAUUUUUUACAAAUGUCCUGAAAAAUUAUUGGACAGGACAAUAGCAGAAGAUUCAAGGUUAAUCAGGAAUGGAUUGUGGUCCUUACCUCGCUUAAGAAAAUGCUCCACUUCUCUCCUUUUUGUUGAUGCGUUUGGCCCUCUUUCAGUUCCGUUGCUGCAGAUCAGUAUUUUUCAUGUUUUCUCUUCUUGUCUCGCCACUUCCAGCCAGAGUUGGUGGUCACCAACAACCUCUUGGACCUGCCCCCUCCAUCUCCUCCCAAACCCAAAACCAUUGUCCUCCCUCCGAACUGGAAAACCGCCCGGGAUCCUGAGGGGAAGAUCUACUACUAUCACGUGGCCACCAGGUCAGCGACCUCUUCAUGUUUGUUCUGCUAUUUAUACCUGCAGCAACCUAUUGUUCUCUUUUUUUAAAAAAUGUCUGUUGUUUUGGGUAUUUCACAUGAUGGGAAGGAUCUGGGUGCAUGGAACCUGAACUGAGUGGAUAGGGAAUCACUUUCUGAAUGACACGCUCAGCUCAGUGAAACACUAUCAUUUGAGAACGUAAGGCACAUCUUAUACGGUGGCUUUGAGGUGUUGUAGAACAAAAAUCUGCCCUUUUUCCCUUAUGGGGUAUCCAAGAGCCCAUAUAGUGUCUUUACAUAGGUUCCCUAUUGGUAGGAGAAAAUAAGAGAGGCCAACCGGAGAAUAUUGAGAAGCAAAGCGGCUAGUAAGCUUGAUCUUUAUUGAUCUGUUGCAACAGGGUCCUCACUCACCACACGCAGGAAAGGAGGAAGAACCCAGAACAAUGGUGCACAAGGCCUUAUAUAGACAUUUUAAAUUCCCUGCCCUGGAACUCACGAGCACCCCCCAGAUACAUCAUACCUACAUCACAGAAAAGGCCAUCUAAAACAGAAAUUUGAAUGUUGUUUUUCUCCUGUCCUUGUUUAUCUCUUGUCUGGCAGGGUACUUGAUUGGGCAGCCUGGCCAGUCUUUUGUAAUGAUAAAUACUUAGUUCCUGGGCCAGGUCACAGGCUCACACCCUAUUUGUAUCUUAAAUGUGUCCUUAAGACAGGAUUUGUGAAGGAAAAGACAAUGGGGAGGCUUUUCCAUUUUCCUUUGACCUUGCAGAGAAAACAUUUGGUCAGUUUGGGAAUCAAAAAUGGUUCCAGGUCGGUCUUCCUGUGCUGAUCUCUGUAUGUGCUUGGUUGGUACACUUAUGAACAUUUAACAUAUAUCUAAGACCUCAAAAUUCCUAUCACAGAGGCGAGGAGGAGGAGACCCACAGCCUGUUGACCUUGAAGUCCCUCAACCCACAGGCUCCUGUGACUUUGCCCCUGCCUGUUUUGUAGUGCACACAGCAUUGAUUGUGGGGUCAGCGCAACCUUUGUGGCAGGAAGUGCAGGGUGUCUGGUUUGUUCAGCCAAGUUAAGAGCAUUAGAACUCCCCUUUUUUUAAGUACUUGCCUCACUAUCUUUUGGCCUGCUGUGCUCAGAUACAGCAUUUUUUUAGGUCAGAGACCUGAAGCUUUAAUCAGAAACCUUCCUUAUAGCAGCAUUCACAUCCUAAUACAGGUCACCUUGCUGAGAGGCUGCCGGCUUCAAGGCUAGUAUUCACCAACAACUUUACAGUCAUACCUUGGGUUACAGACGCUUCAGGUUGCGUUUUUCCAUGUUACGGACUGCCGAAACCCUGAAGUACCGGAAUGGGUUACUUCCGGGUUUCAGUGGUCGCGCAUGUGCAGAAGCACUAAAUCGCUCUUUGCGCAUGUGCAGAAGCGCUGAAUCGCAACCCGCGCAGACGCAGGUUGCGAACACUGUGGGUUGAAAACGUGCAUCCCGCACAGAUCACGUUCGCAACCCGAGCGUCCACUGUAUUUUGUUCCUUGGACCACUUCUUCCCUUAGAAUUGGUGCUAACCACUGUUGAACAUGUGCAUUAAGAGAAACCAGAUAUUCAGACAUCUAGCGCUCGCUAGCUUUUUAUGUUUUGAGGAGCUGUUGUAGGAGAGAGCACUUGCUUUCUUCCGAGCCCCUCCAGAAACCCCUUCCCACAUCACAUAUUCGGACAGGAUUUCCUUUGAGAAUUCAAACCUUGGCUGAUCCUUAGAGCUGGUGGCCAGUGACAGAAGGUGUCUUCAUGGCACUCAGAGUGGGUACAUUGGGGGGGGGGCGUUUGCCAGCAGCUCGGGGAGGGUGGCGUGAGAAGGAUGCAGCAGCCAUGGGCUCUUCGAUCCCAGUCUCGCCCUCGCUUUGUGCGGGCUGGAAGGGCAAUGUGAGGAUGAUGCCCCAGGGCAGGCACGCACCCUUCCAAUCAGUCUAAUUGGGGUUCUUGGAAGGGUGCUGGGCUGUUGUGUCUUCUUCAUGCUGCUUUGUGAGGCUGGAGUGUAGGAUCAGACCCGCAAAGCCUGCAUGAGGAGCAAAAUGCGCCCAGGGCAACAGCUCCCCUCGCCCUGCCCAUGCUACACCUUUGCUGUGGCAUCUUGCUUGUCUUUGGGGUCAGAGAAGUCUUUCUUGUUCAUGGAUCAUGGUCUCCUUUCUGUAGGCACCACUGUCUUGCCAGAGUGGUGCAUGCUCUAGUUAUCUCCCACUUGGACUACUGCAAAUGCGCUCUACGUGGGGCUGCCUUUGAAGGUGACCCGGAAACUGCAACUAAUCCAGAAUGCGGCAGCUAGACUGGUGACUGGGAGUGGCUGCCGGGACCACGUAACACCGGUCCUGAGAGAUCUGCAUUGGCUCCCAGUACGUUUCCGAGCACAGUUCAAAGUGUUGGUGCUGACCUUUCAAGCCCUAAACGGCCUCGGUCCUGUAUACCUGAAGGAGCAUCUCCACCCCCAUCAUUCUGCCCGGACACUGAGAUCCAGCGCCGAGGGCCUUCUGGCGGUUCCCUCAUUGCGAGAAGUGAGGUUACAGGGAACCAGACAGAGGGCCUUCUCGGUGGUGGCGCCCACCCUGUGGAACACCCUCCCUUCAGAUGUGAAGGAAAUAAGCAGCUAUCUUCUCUUUAGAAGACCUCUGAAGGCAGCCCUGUUUAGGGAAGUUUUUAAUAUUUAAUGCUGUAUUGUUUUUAACACUCGAUUGGGAGCCGCCCAGAGUGGUGGGGAAACUCAGCCAGAUGGGCGGGGUAUAAAUAAUAAAUUAUUAUUAUUAUUAUUAUUAUUAUUAUUAUAGGCAAACCCAGUGGGACCCUCCAAACUGGGACAGUCCGGAAGAUGAUGCCAGCCUUGAGCACGAAGCUGAAAUGGAUCUUGGAACCCCAACUUACGACGAAAACCCCAUGAAGGUGAGUUCAUCUGACUAGCAGGUGAAACUACCUGCAUAGUAGUAACUCGGCUUGUUCCUAGCAAACUAAGGAUAAGUAUGCAGUGGUGCCUCGCAAGACGAAAUUAAUCCGUUCCGCGAGUCUCUUCGUCUUGCGGUUUUUUCGUCUUGCGAAGCACGGCUAUUAGCGGCUUAGCGGCUAUUAACGGCUUAGCGGCUUUAAGAAAAAGGAAACAAACUUGCAAGAACGUUUCGUCUUGCGAAGCAAGCCCAUUGGGAAAUUCGUCUUGCGGAAUGACUCAAAAACCGGAAAACUCUUUCGUCUAGUGAGUUUUUCGUCUUGCGAGGCAUUCGCCUUGCGGCGCACCACUGUAGGUUCCUAGCUCAAAAGGUGAUUUAUCUCCUCCAGACGUGCAAAAUGAAGUUAAGCUUUCUAAUAGGCCACAGAGCUGAUCUGCCCAGACCGGUUGCAUAAACCUCCAGACAAAAAGUAGUAUAGAGCUAUAGUUGCAUGUGAUAAUUGUAAUGUGUUGAGCCCUGUUAGUGCUCAGGUGGCAAACCAGAAUCUGCUCGUGGCUAGAGGUACACCUGCAAGCCAUGGUGCCGUUGUUUCCACUCUGACAGCCUCUGCACCAGGAGGCUGGAUCGCUGAAUGAAUGGAAAAUGAGAGAAAUAAUCAGGAAUCAAACAACCCCCCCCCCCCAAAAAAAAAUUUUAAAGAGUGGGAAUGCUAUGGAGGGUUACUUAAAAAAAGCACGUUGCUCCCAAAUAAAAUCCUUGUUGUGCUUCGAUUAAUUUUCGCAAAUUGCAAGACAGAUAUAUAAUGUAAUGCUGAUGAUUGAUAAGGUGAAAAAGGACGCAGUUCAAAAAAAAAGGAAGAGAGGACCGAUAGUGAGGUAGAUGGAAGUCAUAUUAGAAAACUCAAAGAUUAUUUAUUUACGACUUAAAGGUACGGAGAUUUAUGGUGGUAGACUUCGGGAAAACGACUCUUAUUAUUAGUUUGCGAAUUGUAUCGUGGCACCGAAACAAGAAUUAGAGUGGACUUAAGGGGAAGCUUAUCGGAACCAUUCAAGACAUCAAAAGGCAUGAAACAAGGCUGCAUAUUGGCUCCCACACUUUUUAACUUUUAUGAUAUGGUGCCACAUCUAACACAAGCGCAAUCCUCCGCUCCAUCAGUUAGUAAUAGGAAGAUAUCCUGUCUGCUGUACACCAGUGAUGUGGUGCUGCUAUCACUCUCUCGAUUAGGUCUUAAAAAUCUGCUCACAGCUUUUAGCUCGUAUUGCAAGCGAGAAGAGCUCGGCGUGAAUUACUCAAAGACCAAAAUGUUGGUCUUUGGCAAGCGUAGCCCCAGAUAUACAGUGGUACCUCAGGUUAAGUACUUAAUUCGUUCCGGAGGUCCGUACUUAACCUGAAACUGUUCUUAACCUGAAGCACCACUUUAGCUAGUGGGGCCUCUUGCUGCCGCUGCGCCCCCGGAACCUGCUUUCUGUUCUUAUCCUGAAGCAAAGUUCUUAACCCGAAGCACUAUUUCUGGCUUAGCGGAAUCUGUAACCUGAAGCAUAUAUAACCCGAGGUACCACUGUAAAUGGAAAAUGGACCAGCAGAAUCUGGAGCAGAUACACUCCUUUAGAUAUCUGGGUGUUCUUUUCACUGAGACACUAUCAUGGAAGGGACACUUCGAGGCUGCGAAACUCAAAAGCGCAGAAAGCUUGUGGGGCACACCAAUGAAAUUCUCUUUUACGCUGGGUGGCCAGUUAUUAGAACCUGUACCAAAAAUCUUCGCCAGUAAAGUGGUUUCCCAAAUGCUGUAUGGAGUAGUGAUAUGGGGCAUGGACCCAAAUGCUAACAAAGCCUUAGAAAUAGUGCAGAACAAAUUUCUCAGGAAAGUGCUCUCGCUCCCCAAUGGGACCCCAGCUUGUGGGGGGGGAUUAAUCUUCCUUUUCAUUGAGCAGUUAAUAGAGUCCUGGAGAUCCAGUUUCACUUUUGUGUUUCAAGGGCUUUGUCUGGCCUAUGAGCAAAGUGCUGGAGGCCGGAGACCAGGACCCACUUUGAACGCAGCCGCAGACUUGCUGGAUGGCGCUGGGCACCUCUCUCAGCCUCUAGGUAAAGGUAAAGGGACCCCUGACCAUUAGGUCCAGUCAUGGCCAACUCUGAGGUUGCAGCACUCAUCUCACUUUAUUGGCUGAGGGAGCUGCCGUACAGCUUCCGGGUCAUGUGGCCAGCAUGACUAAGCCGUUUCUGGCGAACCAGAGCAGCGCACGGAAAUGCCGUUUACCUUCCCGCCGGAGCGGUACCUAUUUAUCUACUUGCACUUGGACGUGCUUUCGAACUGCUAGGUUGGCAGGAGCAGGGACCGAGCAACGGGAGCUCACCCCGUCACGGGGAUUCGAACCGCCGACCUUCUGAUCAGCAAGUCUGUGGUUUAACCCACAGCGCCACCCGCAUCCCACUCAGCCUCUAGUCCACUCCAUUUAUUUGCAAGAUUGAUAGUGUAAGAUGUUGAGAAAGACCUUCUGAAAGCGAUAGUAAAUAACGAACAGGGAGGGGGCGUCAGGUGGACUAAAUUGGCUUUCCCCAAACCGAUGCCCUUCAGCAGCUUUGGUCUAAAGCUCCCAUCAUUCCUAGCUAUGGGACAUGCUUGUUUUGGCUCCUGAGAGUUGUAAUCGAAAGCUGCUGGCGGGGGACGAGGUUGGAGAAGGGUUGAGUCAGGUGGUCUUUGGGAUCCAUUGCGGCUAUAUGAUUCUGUAUUGAUAAAACACCAAAAUGUUCAGAAGAUCUGGAAAAAAAACUUUCGUUGUGGAAUAGUUUAAACCUGAUGAUCCAGAAAAAGCAAAUGUGUUAAAUGGGAAAUCCCUAGGGAACUGAAAGGUUUCCUGCAGAAUUCAACAAGCAUUUCAAAUCUCAUAUUUGUAGAAUCUAUUUUGGACACAUUUCAACAAAAGGCACUGCUUCAGACUCUUGAGAAACUGCUCUAAGAAUUUUUGCUUCCCCAAACUUGGCAAGAAUGCCGUGCAGCUGAAGCAAACCAAAUUACCCCCCCUUACAUCUGUUUGUUUUCCCUGCUGUCUAUUUUUGACUGCAGGCUGUUUGGUGGCAAGGACUUGUCUGUCUUUGCCUAUGCAACUUUGCAAGAUUCUGUGGACUCAGCUGGUGCGCAGAGACAAUAUGAGAAACACAUUUGCAUGCCUGGUGGCAAUGUAAGGCUGUCCGUAGAUAAAUCAUUGUAGAAUAAAUUAAAGCACCUUAAAUUAAGCAGAAUUUAUUCCUCUCGUCAGUGCUGAGUAGCAAAAUUAUCUGUGCAUUUGUUAAAAGUCUGUGGUUUGAGUGUUUGACUGUAUAAGUCAAACACCUUAUUUUAUGUUACUGGGCUCCUCAAACCAGCUCUGAUCCCACAAGCUGUUAAUCUUUCAUACCCUGGGAUCCAACCCAGCAUGACAGAUCUGGCAAGAGAAGUCUGAGGGUUCCUCUCUGAGCUGCUUCUCUUCUCAACAUGCUCCCCUAAAAUAACGUGACCUCAUCAUGCAAAGUGUGAGUCUGAAUGUUCUGAAUUCCCAGGGCAGGUGUCUCCAAAUUUCUCUCUGUCUCAGCUGACGUGUAACAGAGAUCUGCUCCAGUCUUUUGCUGCUUGGCUAAGAAGGGAAAGAACUCAGAGGGCACCACAUGCAUUUCAUUCUCUCUGUGAGAUGAAACCGGCACCUCCAAAAAUGAAUUUUCUAUCCUUUCUGUCUCUUUGCAGUCUUCCAAAAAACCCAAAACGGCAGAAGCAGACACUUCCAGCGAGCUGGCAAAGAAGAGCAAGGAAGUGUUUCGAAAGGAGGUGAGUUCCAGCUUCGUAGUGGGUGAAGUUUUUGCUCCUCCUCUGGGGCUGAGCUACUGGUGCUGCAGUGGAUGGAUUCCUCCUGUGCCCUUUGAAUUAGUGGGUGUUUGAGAAAGAUCCACAGUAGUGCCAGAUUAAGGGGUGGUAGUCAACAAAGUUUUACUUUGAGUAGGCCAGUUGAAAUUAGUAAACAUGACCAAGGGCUGUUAAUCGCAAUGGGUCUACUCUGAGUAACACUUGGUUUGAUACCACCCCAACAUUCUUGCAUUCUUGUCCUGGACCAAGUUUCCAAAUGAUACACAGUCGUGCCUUGGUUGUCGAACGCCUUGGUACUCGUACGUUUAAGCUCCCGAACGAUGGAAACCCGGAAGUGGUUUUCGAUUUUGUUUUUGGAAGCCGAACGUCCGAUGCAGCUUCUGCUAUUUUUUCCGGCGCUCCUGUGCAAUUGGGAGCCGUGCCUUGGUUUCAGAACGUUUCGGAAGUUGAACGGACUUCACAUUCUGUUCGAAAACCAAGGUAUGACUGUACCAGAGCCAGGGCUUUUUCAGCCGUGGCCCCGAUCUGGUGGAACGCUCUGUCACAAGAGACCAGGGCCCUGCGGGACUUGACAUCUUUCCGCAGGGCCUGCAAGACAGAGCUGUUCCACCAGGCCUUUGGCCAAGGCACAGCCUGACCCCCUAUCACAGAACUCUAGCCCAAUGGUUGCCAUCAAUUUGAUUUGAACUGAUUUUAUAAUAAAUUGAUUUUAGAAUGCUGUAUUAUUUUACUGUUGUUAGCCGCUCUGAGCCUGGCUUUGGCUGGGGUGGGUGAGAUAUAAAUAAAAAAUUAUUAUUAUUAUUAUUAUUAUUACUGAGAAGAUGUUUCAAGAAGGUUUUUGCUCAUGCGUCCCAACAGCUCCUGCACGCACUUCCUCCCUCCCUCCCUCCCCCAGCCCAGCCCCCCUUUUCUCUUGCUGAAUUAGGGAGAAAUUGUCAGUGGCUCUAACUAAGGAUUGUCAUUUAACGUUCCCCCCCUUUUUCCAGAUGUCUCAGUUCAUCGUGCAAUGCCUGAACCCCUACCGCAAACCAGACUGCAAAGUUGGGCGGAUAACCACAACCGAAGAUUUCAAGCACCUUGCACGGAAGGUAUGGCGUGCCUUUUCCUCAAGAGCCAGUGUGGUGUAGUGGUUAAGAGCAGUAGAUUCGUAAUCUGGGGAACUGGGUUCGCGUCUCCGCUCCUCCACCUGCAGCUGCUGGGUGACCUUGGGCCAGUCACACUUCUCUGAAGUCUCUCAGCCCCACUCACCUCACAGAGUGUUUGUUGUGGGGGAGGAAGGGAAAGGAGAAUGUUAGCUGCUUUGAGACUCCUUCGGGUAGUGAUAAAGCGGGAUAUCAGAUCCAAACUCUUCUUCUUCAUCUCCGUUUGCACUCGAGCUGCCGGUGACGCCGGCCAAGCUGAGGCCAGGAAAUGAGCUUUAAGGGGAAGGAAGCCUGGAGGGGGGAAAAAACCUGGGUUAAAAACAGAAGAUUUCCUGGAUUAUCCUUUCCUUGAAGGCCUGACCUUGGGAAUACUGGAGGGACCUUGCUUCAGGGGUGCCCACAGGAUUGGGCAUUUGCUCCCAUUUCCCCCAGAGGCAUCUCUUGAAGACCAGGUCCCUAGACAAAUCAGCGAGAAGCAUCUUUGCGAGUUUGCAUCGGGAGGAGCUACCGCCGAUGAAACUCCUCUGGCUCAGAAAGCGAUUCCAUUUCUCCCUGACUUGCGGAGGGUGGGAAUCGUUUCCAAGGCAAGAGCCAUUUGCAGGAAUCCACCUGGCUGCUUGCGAGGCCAGAUGGUUGCAGAGACUUGUUUGCUGAGGCUUGAGUUGCGGAUGGGAUGGAAAAGGCCGGGGCAGGCAGGCGGAAAAGUGCCUUAUGUGUGGGGGCCGGAGAGAGGGGAAAGAAACUCGGUGUGCCUUUGAGCUUGAAGAGUGGAAAUGGGAACUGUGUGUGCCAGCAGCACCAUUUGGAGACAAAGUGCUGCCUUUGAAGCCCGUGCCAAGUUUCCUCUUCUGUAAGAGGACCCGCACGAGUUCGAGUGUCUUCAAAAGGAAGUUGGGGGCCUGCACUUGACCGCAGCCUCUCCUGCUGCUGACCAGAGCGGCUGGCUUGCGGCUGUCAGGCUCCUGCUCUGGAAGGGGGAAAUGGCAGAGAAGGUCCCGCCAGCCAUCAGGCAACGAGAGGCAGUGUGGCAUAGUGGUUGGGCUAGGACCUGGGGGACCCAGGGCACUGGCGGAGGAAGAGGCGUGCGGGGGGAGCGCACUGCCACCGGUAGCGCGAUCCCGGCGGGGUGCCAUCGCAGCUGCCUGCCUGUGCUGGGCACUAUGCCCCUACAGGUGGCACAUCACGCCCCCGGGACGCACGCCAGCCCCACCCCGCCUGCUCUCCGCCCCCCAGUGCCAGAGCAUGAAGCUCCGACACUGACCCAGGGUUCAAAUCCUCAGCCGUGAAACUUGCUGGGUGGCAUUGGACCAGUCACCAUCUCUCAGCCUAACCUACCUUGCACGGUUGUUGCAAGGAUAAAAUGGGGGCCACAGGGACCGCAUAGCGUAUUUUUCACUCCAUAAGACAAACUUUUUUCCUCCUGAAAAGUAAAAGGAAAUGUCUGUGCGUCUUAUGGAGCAAAUGCAUGGUCGGUUGCUGGCUCCCUUGCCCAGGCCUCCAUUGUUGAAUGUUCUGCAGACGGAGGCUGUUUAUUUCCCCAGUGACAUGUGACUGGCUGGUUAGAUUAUCUGUCUGGAAGCUGUAGAAACGGCUCCCUUUCCUUUCCUAAAGAAGCUGCAGAACUGUGAGUUGAACCCCAUAAAAACAGGAUUUUUUCCCUUUGCAAAGUAAGCUCAACAACUUUGAGCUGAUCCUCAAAAAAAGGGACUUUUCCCCUUUGCAAAAGAAGCUGCACAACUGUGAGCUGACCCCCCAAAAAACGGGGCUUUCCCCCUUUCCUCCUCUAAAAACUAGGUGCGUCUUAUGGAGCGAAAAAUACAGUACACCUCCCUGAGCUCCUUUGGAAGAAAAAGGUGAUAUAUAAAUGUAAUAAAAUUUAUAAUAAAAAUUAACUGGUAUACUAAAAUAACAAAAACAGCCAAACGGUUUAAAUGCAAUCAAUCAAUCAAUCAAUCAAUCAAUCAAUCAAUAAAGUAUCAAGCAUUUUCUGAUUUCUUUCCCCCUGGAUAGAGCUGGGACCUUGACCCUUAGCUGGCUCUGAGGAGGACCACACUUCCUUGCGCUUUUUAAAAAUAAAAUUGGGACACACACAAAGCAGCUUACAAAAAAGGAGUGCAAAAGAACUUUUUAAAAACCAGCACAAAGGGCUAUUGUUUUUUAAGAAGUGGGUGAUGCCCAACAUCAGUCCUGCUCAGAGUAGACCCAUUGAAACCAGGUGACUUAAUUUCAUUUAUUUCAGUGGGGCUGCUCUGAGUUAUGACUGGUGCUAAAGGCACUGCAGCAGUAUGGAUAAUCAGGAAGAAGAAAGAUUAAAACAGAAAGGAUUCUCUACCCUGUUGGUGGAAGACCCAAGUGUGCAGGUGGCUUGGCAGAUGUUUCUGAGCCACAAGAGGGGUGCCAGCACCGAGAAGGCCCCGUUCCGUGUCCCGUCAGUCGUGGGGAAAGAUCCCCUUUUGCAAGGCGUGUUGAGCAUCCCUGGCAGCACCCUUUUCAGUGAUGGCUCCGACCUGGUGGAAUGCUCUGUCCCAGAAGACUAGGGCCCUUCAGAAUUUAAUUUCCUUCCAUUGGGCCUGUAAGACAGAGCUAUUCCGCCUGGCCUUUAAUCUGAAUUCAGCCUGAUCUUUUAUUUCCCUUCUCUUCCCUCCCCCUCCCCUUUUAUGAAGAUCACCCGCUCUGAGACCCCACAGCUAAUUCUCCCCUGGUCUCCUCGCUGGCCCAAGUAGGACCAAUUCAGCCAGCUAGCCCUGGGGAUUAUCUAAUGUUUAUUAGAUGGAUUUCCCCUAAAUUGAUUUCUGAACUUUGAAUUUUAUUGUUAUUCAUGUUUUUAUACUGUAUUUUAUGCUGCUUUUACAAUUAAGUGUUUUAGAUUUGUUGUUAGCCGCCCUGAGCCCGGUUUUUGAACCAGGAAGGGCAGGGUGUAAAUAAUUUAUUAUUAUUAUUAUUAUAAGCACAUCCUGUGCUCCGUAACGCUGACUAAUGUUUGCUUCUCAGCUUUCAUAGAAACAUGGAAUCGUGUUGUUGAAAUGAACCCCCAAAGGUCAUCCAGUCCAGCCCCCUGCAAUGCAGGAGUUACAGUUUAAUAAUCCCUGACAGCUGGCCAUCCAACCUCUGUUUUAAAAACCUCCAACAAAGGCGAGUCGGCCACCUUAACAACAGAGAGACUUGUGGCACUUUAAAUUCAUCACAACUUAAGCUUUCAUAGGGACGCGGGUGGCGCUGUGGGUUAAACCACAGAGCCCAGGGCUUACCGAUCAGAAGGUCGGCGGUUCGAAGCCCCACAACAGGGUGAGCUCCCUUUGCUCAGUCCCUGCUCCUGCCCAGCUAGCAGUUCGAAAGCACAUCAAAGUGCAAGUAGAUAAACAGGUACCGCUCUGGCGGGAAGGUAAACAGCGUUUCCGUGCACUGCUCUGGUUCACCAGAAGCGGCUUAGUCAUGCUGGCCACGUGACCCGGAAGCUGUACGCCGGCUCCCUCGGCCAGUAAAGCGAGAUGAGCGCCGCAACCCCAGAGUCGGUCACGACUGGACCUAACAGUCAGGGGUCCCUUUAUCGUUUUAAGCUUUCACAGACUAGAGUUCUGUUCCUCAGAUGCAACAUCCUAAAAAGAGCCCAACGCUCUUUUUAUUUCUAAAAUCUCGCUCCCACUGAUGAGACUCAGCUGAAGGAGCUUUCCCCUUGAACCUGGGUGGCACGAAAGGGAGCAGGUUUUCCGAAGCAUCCCUUGAGCGAGGAGCCUUGUUUUGUCUUGAUUCCCCCACCCCAGCACAAUUCCGCCUUUGCAGAGAGCCUCCCCCUGCUUUCACAAGUGGAUCCCUACAAUCUCCUUAACCCGGCUUCUCUGUUUCCUCUCCUCUCCCGCAGUUGACCCACGGAGUCAUGAACAAGGAGCUGAAGUACUGCAAAAACCCUGAAGACCUCGAGUGCAACGAGAACGUGAAACACAAGACGAAGGAGUACAUUAAGAAAUACAUGCAGAAAUUUGGGUCCGUUUACAAGCCCAAAGAGGACACGGACUUGGAGUAGCAGUCGCGGCAGGAAAGACAUCUUUGCUUCCAAUCUAGGAGCUCCCCUAACAAGGACACUUCUUCUUUUCCUUUUGUUUUCCACAGGAUUUCCGGCUCUCUCUCACUCUCUCUCGAUCUUUCCAAGUCGGGUUUGAGGAGGCCAGGCAGAAACUGCAGUGUGUGUGUGUGUGUAGGGGGGGAGAAACUAACUCGCACAAACACACCCACCCCAUGGUACAGUUGUGACUCACUCACCCCAUCGUUCGUUCCCUCUCUGCAAGAAAAGCCGGAACUUCCGGUCUGUUUGGUGCUGUUUUAGUGCAACAAACUCGAAAGCGCGUCUCGUCUCUCCCCCGCGAGAUCUGUAUCAUAUUUUAACGUAUAUGUGAAUAUAUUGAGUUCUCUCACCCCCCUGCCCGCCCCCCUUUAGCCCGAAACGUGUUGAUAUCAUGGGAACACUUUGUAAGAAUAGUUUUGAGAAAGGGGUGGGGUGGGGGUUUUUUUGUUUUGUUUGUUUGUUUCCGUUUUCCUUUCUUUUUUUCGUUCUCUGCAAGGUUACUCUGUUAUCAUGUAAAUAUUUGCGAACAGGCUGCCUCAGGGUUUCUGGCAAGCCGCGUGCUAUGUUGAUAAGAUUGAUUUUACUGCUUAAAUCAUUUUACUUUAUCCAAUUUUUACUGAAGUUUUUAUGUAAAAGAAAAAAAUUAAAAAAUUAAAUAAAACGGCAAUGAAAGAACAA